UGGCGUUGUUGUAUGUAGGCAUGGAGAGGACGGAGCGACUCGGCUGCUGCUGUUUCUAAUGUGAUGACAGCUGAUUGUACUGAGGCAGAGCAACGGGGCCGACGUGUCAACAAUGCUGUCUUGAACCACUACUUUAAUAUGAAGUAUCAUGCCGGUGAAAUCAUGAAUGUGCGCCCAACUCCGGAGCUGUGGGAGGUACUGUAGCUGCUCAAAAAGUUGCGUCGCGGAGAAAAAGCAACUCCGCCAACACAUCACCAGGCUGGAGAAGUUGGAUAUCUAGUCUGACUGGAUCUAACGGCUCAAUCCCACGUUUUUCCACUGGAUACAGAUACUCAAAAGGUAAGAGAACACCCUAUAACCUCAUGUUUUUAAUUUUUUUUUUGCCUUUUGUCAAAAUAGAGGCAUCUAACGCUUGUGAAGGCAUGAGAGCGAGGAACACAGUCUAAUGACAGAAAUCUGUGGUUUUACACUUGUAUAGCCAUAAUAUUGGCUUCUCAAAUAGCGACAAAAAGGCGAUUGGCUGUAUCGUACUCCUUUAAAAGCUUUGAAUGUGACUUUUAAAUUCUGACAGUCGCUUUGGGUGUACUUUGAACACAUUUAUCCACAGCGCAGCUUGAAUACAGAGCUAUCAAAUUAACUGAGUCAUGACGUGAGCUGAAUGAGUGAACACAAGUGCUACAGACUACAGAAUAAUCCCCCCGCUGUCUGUCUGUCUGUCUGUCACCUGUGCCCGCUACUGUCAGUUGUUUCAGAGAGAGAGAGAGAGAGAGAGAGAGAGAGAGAGAGAGAGAGAGAGAGAGAGAGAGUCCACAUCACAGCCCAGUCCACUGCACACAUUAGAGGGAGGUAAAUCAUGUCAAACGCAUGUGCCCACUUAAUUUUGGGAGUUUUGACAUAAUUACUCUGGGGUUCUGUAAUGUAAUUUGAUUUUAACAUUACACAAAGUCAUACUAUUACAUCCCAGCAUGUUAAGAUACAGUCUUUUCUGUAGGGAAAACACCUAACAGGGUGAAACAGUUAUACACAAUGCUCAGACCAUAAUAGGUUGGCCGAUUUUCUAAAUCAAAGCACAUUAUCUUUUAUUAAUGAAUACACAUUUUCCUAUCCUAAAUGACAAGCACAUAAUGUCUUAGACUGUCAUUGACUUGUCCUUGAUAUAAAUUCAGUUGUGAUGUGCAGAAUUUUAAAGUUUAAUGUUGCUUCUGCCAUGUAGAUAUCAGCAAUGUCCUUAAAUCUAUAACAUGACCCUAAAGCAAAGCAUAUCAGAACUUUUCCUUUUGACUUCAGACAGCUGGACAGAAAUCUUUUGUGACUGGGUCAAAUAUUGUCUCCUUUAAACUUUUUUAUUUCUCUAUAUGUUAAAUUGUUGUAUUUUGCCAAAUGCAGAAAAAACAACAUAGUGUGAUUUCAACAUUAUAAAUCAGCCACCAGCCAGUCUGCUCUUUCAUUGUUGGUAUCAAUGUUGGUUUGCAGUUAUGUUGUUAUUUGUCAUAUCUUCAUAACUGCUCUGUGCUGCUGGGGCCUAAUUAUCACCCUUAAUGUGAAAAAUGUAGUAGUGAAAGACUUAGUCUUUUCUAUGCAUCUGCAUCUGGCAAGUUCCUCAUGGAUACCUUUGCCUCUUGAGUUACUUUCAGCCUUAAUCAAGGAUAUCUUUUCCACUCCUGCUGCGCAGCUUUUGUGCUUUAGUGCCAAUCCAGGAUUUGGGGAAGCACAUUUACACCCUCCACACGCUGAAUUAUUCAACAUUUGCAUUUGCAGCGGGGUCCUGUAGCAGCACUUAGUGACAUAGAAACCUGAGAGGUUUGUGUCAGUUUGCAUGUGUUGCAGGUCACAAACAGUAAAGAGUCAGGCAGCUUCAAGCAGAGCAAAGUGACCAGGAAUGAUCCAAAUAACUUGAUGAUUCUUUGAGAAAAAAACAGGAACCUCCGUGCUUCAUAGUAUUAUGUAAUAUGCCAUACGUCACAUUCUUUAGUUAUUUGCUAGCAGCAAAGUUAUAGCUGGUGUGGCAGAUCGGGCAGGAAAAUUCUGAGGUAUUCAAUGGAGUUUAACUGGUGCUGAAGAAGAGAGGAUAAGUGAAGUGAUGGAUGAUGUAACCCUGUCCUGUGACACUGACAGGAUAGCAACCCGUGUACAUCUGAGGUACACAAACUUGUGCUAAUCACAUGUCAAUAACAGUGCAGGCGAUCCAUUUUUGAGAGCUGGUCACAGAGCUGAGUCUGACCCAAGUGCAGUCAAAACAGAGCCAAGAGCCAUGAAAACAAAAACACUGUCUCUUCGUAAGGAUAUUCAACUUUGCGCAGACUAAACAAGAAGAGACCACUUUUGAAGCCAACUUUUCUGCUUGAUUAACAAGCUGUUAAGCUUUCGUAAUUCUCAACAUGUUAUGUAUGUAGAUAGCUGCAGAAGGUAAAGCAUGUUGUUUACGUGGCCCAAUAAAAUUCGAAAUGUUCCACACAAGAUAUAAACAACAUAAAUGAAAUUAAGUCACCCCCCCCCCAUACUUAAAAGAAACCACAGAAGAACCAAAAAUGAUUAAAAACAGGAACUGUAUGACAGUAAAACAGCUAUAACUAUAUUGUUACAGUGCUGUAAACAGUUUUCAGCUUUUAUGUUAAAGAACCAGGAGUUUCAGUGAGCCUGCAGCUUUUGAGAGUUUGUUACAGACAUUUGGGACAUUACAACACCAUCUUUGGUUUUGACCCUUGGAACAGAAAACAGUUCUGUCCCGGAUGACUGGAGUGGUCUGGAUGGUUUGCACUGUAUGAAAAUAUGACUAUAUAUUUGGGAAACCGAGUAGUACUUACAGCACAAUAGUAUUGUUUUCCCUGCAAGAUUCAGUGCCAGAGUAGUCUUUUUGUCCUGGAUGUGGUCUUGACGCCAUGGUAGGUUGACUUUGUGACUUAAAAUUUCAGUUCCUCAUGUGGAAUCUCAAGAAAUUUUACAUUCCUGCAUUAGCUUCAUUGUUUUAAUGUGGAAUUUGAGCUGGACAAGACUAAUAGGUGGACGGCAUAUGAGGGAUACCCCAUGUAUUGGUUUAACACUGGUAUCAGAAAUUGUAGGCCUUGUGUGUAGACACUGGCCAAUAUUUAUCUGUAUCUAGAAGCAUAACUGUGGAAAGAUAUUACACAUUUCUGCCAGUUCAGAGGUUUUUAUUUGGCAAAAAUGAAAGACAAUGUGUACAGUGUGGGACUCUGAGAAAGAUAAGAGUUUUAUAUGUUCAAGUAUUUCUGAAGCUUAAAGCAAUCCACGUGUACUUCAUCACAUAUUGUCUUAACUAGAGUGUGAGUAAUUCAGGCUCCAUUCAGCUGAAUUCCUAAGCAGUUAACCUUGCCUGUUUUUUCCAGGCUAUUCUCAGUAAUUUCUCCAAAGGGCUGAUUCACAAACACUUAUCUGAAUAGUCUAGGUCGUGCCAUCUUGCCAGUCUCUUGUGUAUGUCCUUGAUUCACCCUAAGUUCUCUAAAAGUUUAGGAAGUAAAUGUGAGACCUUGUUGUAUUCUGUUUCCCCUGAAAGCGGAGAGCGCAUAUUCCCCUCUACAUGAAUUGAUCAUGUUUCCGCAGGCACGUCAUGGUGUGAUUCCAAGGCAGAGAUCAGUUAUGUAACCGCUCACAUGAAAACUAUUAGGGUCGAGCCAUAUUUUCAGGCUGAGGCAUAUCCACGGGCACCUCUGGGGUCCUAGCAAGGAAAACCCUCCUGGCUUCCAAACAGAUCUUUUGUAUCCAUAGCAACCACAGCCUCUUCCCCCCUGAGUUCAGACAUCUGAGCUGUCCUCCUCACUGUGGAAAUGUUUAUGCAAAAGAACAGUUCCACCCUUUUUGUGUAUAUGUGUGAGGCCAGUGAUGUUCAACAUGUGCAUGCUCAAGGAGGGACCGAAGAAACACAUUUUAGAGGAAAAAUUAGGAAUGGAAAGAAAUUAAGGGAUGAAAUGCGGUUUGAAGGAUAACAGUCUCCGUGUGCUUGCCAAACUGAAAAGAUGCUGGAAAGAAAUUUAAAAGGAAAUGUGAACAUUAUCACGGAUUCAGUGCUUCGGAUGAGCCAAAGAGAGGGCUUUCAGUCUUUUUCCAAGGGCCCACCCAGGGUUUUCCCCUGCAUUCACUGAGCAGCUCUCGCAAUAGGUCGCUCUGCAGAGAGAAAACUAAAUGUAGGAGGAGAGUCAAAUCCCCAAAACUACCAUAAAAACACUUUUAGCUGUUCCUGAAUUAAAGUGUUUGACCUGAGGAAAUGCAAACAAGACAGCAUCGGAUCCAGAGGUGUGGAAAAUGAUUGCUUUGCCGGGCUUGUCCUGCCCUGACUCUGCCUUGUGUUACCCAAGAAAUAAACUGCUUUGCAGGAUCUGACUUGGCUAACCAGGGAUUAUUCUGUAUUCAGACAACCCUCCCAGCAUGCUGAAUGUUUCACCUGAGGCCAGUAAAAAGAGUCAUAAUCUUAGCAACAACAAGACAUGUGAUCAGGUACAUUUUCAGAGGAAAAAGCCUUAGUCAGACAUUGUGAGAAAAGAGCAAGUUCACUUUCAUGCAUAGAGGCACAAGAAGAGAUCAAUACCAGUCUUGAAUCUGUCUGUUCAGACCGAGGCAACAACCAUAAAAACGGCAAAGUGAAGAAUCAGCCAGUCGACCGUAAAUUCAGUUGCACAUAUCUCUCAUAGAUCCACAGUUUGUUUAGAUAAAAAAAAAAAAAAUCUCAGAGCUGAUCACUGAGAUCAAGAGAUGCUAGUUUGAUGAUUUUAUCUUGCUUCAGGAUGGAGUUUGGACAGCUGCAUGAGCUUAAGCGUCAGUUUUGGCUUUGCUAAAUCAUGCAGCUACUGGCCGCAGAUAAGCUCGAUAAAUUUUGCAGCAUUGAAGGCACAAUGUUCUUUAAUUUUUACAGUUUUAGGACGCAAUGGUGUUUUGCUAUGGUAGAUGCAUGGUAGAUGGGCCUGUCACUUCCUGGUUGUUGUUUUUGAAUGUGCUUAGCAUCACCUCAAAUCUAAAGGACUAACUUGAUUCUGUUCUUUUCAGGUUUUUCAAAUGAUAUUGCAGUUGGGGUGAUUUCUGGUUUAGAUGAACAGCAAAGUUGUGAAGUCUGCAUCUAGACUGUGUUGACAUUAGUCAGCCUUCUGUUUGGACGAUAUUGGAUUUUUAAACUUGAAUAUCAAGGACAGUUCCUGCUGUCUUCUGUUGUAAGCACUCUGAAUUUAUGGUGUUCUUGAGUCAAAAUAGGCUUUGUUUCUGCUCUGGCUGUUGUCAGUUUUUUAACACAGAGCUCGCAUGUUGGUAGACAGCAGGCCUGCAUGUUUUGAACCACAGCUCUGUGUUUGUGUAUGUUUGCAUGUUUGCGCUUAGAGGGAACAGUUUAGCAGAGUCUGACAUCUUCAGGCAUCUGACUCAGCUUGCCAGAUGUGUUCUUUUCAUCCAGCUGGCCGAGGCCCCAUCUCCCUGCCUCAUCUGUAUGAAAUGUACUGAAGAGCCAGACGUCUUUCUACAAUGUCCCGCCUUUUAUUUGUUGUUCGGGGCAACAGCAACGGAACACAAUGUGAGAUCUGCACACAUGAAUAUACUGAGUUUAAUUGGAGGCCCUGAUGAAAAGAUUAGGAGAACUGUGGGAUUGCUGACGUGAAGAGAAGACCACGGUCUGCAAUGUGAGCCCAACUACAUUUGGUAUGUGGGUUAGAGCUGAAAUGAGUUAGUGGAAAAAUCAAUUAAAGCUAAUUUAAGUAUUUUGGUGAACAAUUUAAGUGGCUGGUUAAGAAAAAUGAAAAAUAUUUGUAAGUUUCAGCUUCUAACCCGUGAGGAUUUGGCUUUUUUUGUUUAAUGUGAUAGUGAAGGAAAACAGACGACUACUGUUUGGAUAAAAUAAGCAUUUUUGUUACUUAUUUAUACCCACUUUAGUCGGUAAAGUAAUAUAACAUAGCAACAUGAAUGAAGUGGUUGUGUCACGGUAGCUCACAGGGUCUGCCCGACACUAACAGAUGGUUUGAAAAACCACAUGACUUGUGUUGACAACUGUCUCUCUUUUUCUCCCUCCUCCUCGUCUCACAUGUGCUGAAAGACUAGACAUUGAAAGGCAAAAAAAAGCAACAGAUGUCCCACAGUUUUUAAUAUCCAGAACCAUCCACUGGCCGGUCACCUGUUUGGGAGGUGAAUGUGUUUCGGAGGACUCAGCAGUCUGCAUGUGAGGACUACAGAACGAGCUCCCAGUAAACAGCCUGUAUCAAAAGACAUCAGCUGUCAUCCAGCACACUCCAGAAGGCUCUACCAGCCAGUGUAGUGUUUGUGUUUGUGUGUGUGCUAGUAUGUGUGUGUGUGUGUGUGUGUGUGUGUGUGCGCUUCGAGGCACGUGCCAGUCUGCCACCUCAGUGUAUCUGAAUAGGAUGAAUGGCAUACAGGCUGUGAAUCAGUGUGAGCCUGGUCCUGGCAGGCAGACAGAUAAUGAGGCAGCAGCUUCUUUGUUGGUAUCAGAUGACCCUGUUCAAUAAAAGGUACAGACAGUCAGCACAUCUGACUUCCUCUGCUCUCUACUUACACUAACAGGCUGGUUUACUGUACUGAUUGCUGUAUCCAGGAUGCAAACUUCAGAUGCUCUGUAGCAAAGAGGAAUGGACCACUUAAGACAGUGAUUAUUUCCAUUAUGAUACCUUAGAGUACAGAAUCUGUAAGAGCAGGACCAGAUUUGGAUUUGGAACCAUAACCGUCCUUCAAAUGGCAAAAAAAUAGUGAAGAUCUGUGUUCACUUUACGUGUUUAUUUACACCUGUUUCUUCUUCAAAUCUAAUGCAUUUCAGCAUCUUUGUUGCUGCUCCCUAAGAACAAAAGGUACCCUGGGAUCAGCUGUUUUUGGGUUGCUGCAAAAGCUGAAAAUAGUUCAACUUUUGGAACACCCACAUGCUGGACAAUGACUCUUCUUCCUCACUGACCAAUCAAAAUAAAAAGGGGGCGGCACUUCCAAUAGCAUCUUGGUCUACAAAAACAUAUAUCUAUUGGACCUCCGAUUUGUUUUUUCAGAACACAGUUACAAGAUGAUGAGCUGCUGCUCAUGCCAGGACAGAGUUAAUUUACAUUAUUUUAGUUUCCGUCUACAAUUUUACCAUAUAUGAUCAAAUACAGAGCACACAGAGGAAUUUGAAAAGCAUAUUUCAGUUUCUACCAAGGAAGGCAGAAGUGAAAUGAGACGACUUCCAAACCUAGCAAUAGUUAGCGCCAGUGGAAAGCCCUGUGGAGUUUCUAAUGAGAAUAAUUUAAUUUAAAGCAUGACCCAUCAAAAAUAGGGAGGUUUUAAUUUGAAUGUUGAGCUUUUCUUACGAUUACUCACCACUGAUGACUCACAAAAAGUCUGAAAUAGUAUCUACUGUGAUUGGAUAGCAUUGUGUGUAAGAAAAAUGAGGAUUUCAUGGCAGUUUAUUUUGAUUUUAACUUAUUGUAUUUGGCGUGCUGAUACAGGAUUGGACUGUUAGGGAGCUCUCAGUUAAUAGAUUGUUUUGUGACUCGGCAAUUUACAGUUGGUGUGUCACUUUUGCACCCUGAAUUGUGAGCUGCCCACAGGAUCAGGCACAUUUGGCUGUGAAAAUCAAGGAAAAAGUCAGCAGGAUCUUGCAGGGACUCCUGGGGACUAUAGCCCAGUUGAGAUUAUAUCAUCUCAUCCUGAAUGCACCAUUUGAGUCGAGUUUAUCAAAUGUCUCAGCAGCUUUCAGUAUCUGCCAGUGCUGUAAAGAGGCAGUGCUCCACUUUGGCCUCCUGGGAUUUCUCCCUGCUCAGACUACCUAAAUUAAUUGGAUGUGUUUUUUCAUUGGAUUGAUUUGCAUUAAACUAAGUGAGUAUUCCUGCUAACUGCUCUCAAAACCACUCAUGUCAAAAUGUCGGCAGACCUUCCUUUGUUUGCAUUUGUCCUCGUACUUCUGUGCAUGAACAGAUACCAUAAUAAAGUGUGAUGAUGGCUUCAGGGCCAUGUCUCAGGUCAGACAGUUGGUGCCUUGUCCCACUGUCAGCUGUGAGCUGUGUGUGUAUGUGUAGUGUGUGGGUCAGCUGUUGAUUUAGCUGUCUGCCGUAAUCCUGUUACUUUCUCCAGGACGAUGCCAAGUGGAACACACUGGUCCCAGUCACUUGGUCUCAUCCAACCUCUGUCCCUAAGAAAAAAAAAAUCCUCUCAGAACUUGCUGUUCUUACAAAAAAAUAAAAACGUCUAAGUAUCAGAAAUUUACAACACACCAUGUAGACACAAACGGAUUACCCAACUCUUUUUCCUGCAGUUACACUACGCUUUUGCUGUGUCUGGUUGUAGUUUGUUUCAGGAUGGUCAUGUUUAGAGUCCUGCUCCUUAUCAAACCUCAUAAAUUGUAAUCAGAGACACACGCCUACAUAUGUAAGCGUUAUCAUGGAGACUGCCCAGAGUACACAUCCUUAAAUAGAGUAUAUAAAAUCUUUAUCUAUGCCACCAGGAAUGCUUAACUGCUCAAGGGUGUUGGAAGCUUUAUGCAAACUUGCACUCACUUCAUACAUGUUAAUAUCUAGAAGAUGUAAUAUUUACCAUGAUCACAACCUGAAGUAGUUUUUAAUCAAGAUAAAUUUGAUGACAUUUGCUUUCAAGCACAAUUCAAGCAUAAUUUUUUUACUUUAAAAUCUGAUCAAACCCUGUUAGGACUAAGGUAUAGCUGUAAGACGUGUUGCCAUCUUGCAGCUCUUGUAUAGGUACUCCAGAACAGAGAGUAAAAGUCAACGAGGAAUCACUGACACACUGACAGAGCUGCAAAUAACACUAAGGAGCUUGUCUGGCUGGAUAAAGAUCUGAGGAUUAACUUGAAGAAAACUACAGCAGCCAGCCCAGUGACUCUGUGCAGGUCCUGACACUGUCUGCAGUCACGUGUGGGGGAGGUUUGGUUUGCUGAGUGUAGGCUGGAAGCUCAGCUGUGUUUGGUUGGCUGGUGUGGACAAAAUAUGAUGAGUAAAGUGGUGGAAAGUGGCUCAUUAGAAAAUGCCAUGCUUAGUGAUAAGUCCUUUUUUUAAACAUGCAAUUCAUGUGCAAAAGCAAUCACAGUUUACACAUAGAAUAUAUACUGUGUGUUGUUGAAGGAAAUCUGCUUGAGUGCCUCCGCUGCCUUGUAGGAAGACAAAUUGUCUUUGUGGUGUUCAAAGAUACCACACGCCUUAACCUCAGUGAUUUACAGGUAGUUGAUAUGUGCUCCUGCGCCUGUGUGCAUGCCAUGACACGAGCUACAAGCUUCAUUUGAUUAAAUAGAAACACUGACUUUUUUUAAGAUCCACAUGUUGCUUCUUGCCGAUUGAUAGUUGCAUCCGCAUAUUUUUGUAUUUCCUUUUGAAACAGGAAGUUUCUGAGGGAUUUACAUCUGCAGUAACAGUGGCAAUGAAGGCAAGACCAUAAAGCACAAAUACAGAUGUCUCAUAUCUCCCAGGGUUAUGUGUGGAUCAUAUAAAAGAAAAGAAAGUGUCAUUCAUUAAAAAAAAUCCCUCAAAGUGCUAAUUACAUCAUAUUUUUAUGUUCACAACAAACUGAUCAACUUUAAAAUAUCACUGAGAAUACCUCAAACAACUUUUCUUUAGCGCUGGGUCUAAAAGCCGCAUAGGGCCUGUGUCCACAAAGAGCAUUAGUUUUCAGAUGGCAGUCCCUGUAUUCAACAUAAAACUAAUGCAGUUCAGCAUUCAGUAUCUUAAACCCAAAAAUACUUGAAACCAACUGUUUAACUUGGUAUUUUAACUUUUUUUUUAAUGCUACUAGCACUUGACGGAUCCAAAUAAAAAGGGGGGUAUUGAACUGAUAUCUAUAUGAAAGAGAAACUAACCACAUCCAUUUUGGGGGAGGUUUCCAGGUAAAUUCCUUUCUUCAUUUGAGGAAAUACAAAGCACUCAGUGUAUUUUGAAAUAGAUAUGAUGGUCACUACAAAGGAAGGCGGAAGUGCUGUAGGACAACACUUGUUACCUAGCAACACAAAACACCAGUGAGGAAGGGGUCUGGAAUUGAGACACCGGUAUCAAAAAUGCUGUUUGUGGACUUAUGUGCUAAAAAAACAUCAAACCUGAUCCAUAGAAACUUUUAUACAAAAGUGAAAUCAAUUACAUGAAGAUUUAUGAAAAAAAAGACACGUGUUUUGGUUAUUUUAAUUCUCCUGUUUUCUUACAUGAGUUAAUCCGUGGCUUGGGUUCCACUCUGUCUUUAACACUGUCAGGUGUUAAGUUCACAACACCAAGUGUUAAACCACAACAGAGACACCAACACUCAUUUUUCAUUCACUGUUCUUUUUUCUCUUGCCUGUCCCUUUAUCUUUAACAUCCUCAUAACCUGAACCACAUACCCCCCCCCGACAUGGUGACACUAGACUAGGUUUGGGUCCUGUUUGGCUCCGCCCUCGGCUCUAUCGGCCCACUUAACAGAGGCUCCAUUGAUGGAUGCUAACUACAGCCCUCUUCUCCCAUUUCCAGUCUCUUUCAGUGCAUGCGUCCCCACCUGUGGUUAGUCUGUCUCUACAUAAUGACACACGAGAGCUGCAGAGCUCCUCAUUAAAGCAUCUUUUAAACCGUUCUAUGUGUUUGGUGAUUCUUUGAUUAUUGAAAUAAACAUAGAUUUACCACAAACAGGAAUCAUUUUAAGAAGUGUUAUAUUGCUGCAUGGUUGCAUGCAUUAUUGUUAGGCUUUUUGUUUUACAGCAGUUUGUAAUGUUGUAUAUAUAAUUUACUGUAAUUAUUGUAACUAUUGAGGUAUUAGUAUUAAAAGAGAUACAUUCUGUUGCUUUUUCAGUGCACUUGCUAUUCUCCUGACACCCAAACAUCUUCACCUAAAUUAGUCCCAAGACAGUGCAGGGAGGCUGGGUUAGGCUUUAAGCAUCUACACCCCCCCAUACUCCCCCAUUUAAACUGAGGACUUGGACACUAAUUUUAGGAGGCAGGAGCUCAUAUUUGAAGAGCUUUAAUAUGCGAAACAAACAUUUUAGUAGAUCUCCUGAAGGAGGGAGAAUUAAAGAUUUUGUGGGACAGGAGUUAAUCAGCAAUAAAACCCACUCCUUGUCAUGAACCCAGCAUACUUUGAGCUGUAGUUCCUGCUCAUCUCGACCCCUUAUUUCCUCAUGAGAAGGCAGAGAAACAAGAGAAGGACGAAAGAGAGCUGAGGAAUGUCCUUCAGCCGUCUUUAAGUACAGCCGCCUCUUAGCGUUUCUCUUUUUCUCAUCUUUUUUACUGAGGGUUUCUCACGCUCUCACUCCCCCUUGUAUUUGGUGUGGUUUCUUGAAAGCUUGCUCCCUUAAUCAGGCGUUUGUUGAUCUGUAUGCAGAGAGUUUUGAAAAGCGCCAGCACGUCCUGUUUACGAUACAGACAUGUUUCCAUAUGAAAAAGAUCCCCAUCUUUUUUGAGUUAUUCAAUGGAUUUUAAGAUAAAAACAUUGAUUUAAUCAUCUCUGUGUUUCUGUGCCUUUUCUUUUUUCUUCAGGUGAUGAGUAAUGGAAGCAGGAUCGGUGGUGCGUGCUGUGUUUGAGUUCCUCCCCAGUGUCUCAGAGGAACUCCCACUCUUCACGGGGGAUGUCAUUGAAGUGCUUAGUGUUGUGGAUGAGUUCUGGUUGCUUGGUAACAAAGAUGGCGUCACAGGUAAGAUCACAGAUAUCUUAACAGUUAUUGAUAAGCCUGUGAAGUUGACUGUUAUUUGCUACACAUACAGUUAUUCAACUCCGGUGGGAAACAAAAAGUAAAGGCUGUAGCCUGUUGCAACAGCUUUGUAUAAGCUGCAUCUCUUGUUAAUGUGUCCAUGUUAAUCCAUAUUUUGAAAUUAGUUAGUUUGUAAAUUAAAAGCCAUGAUUUGGUUGCUCCAUGAGACAUAGUUUCAUCCUAACUAGGAGACAGUAACAUCCAAACUAGCCAAACACUGUUGCAGAAAUGAUUUUUAGACUUCCAGCAGCUAAUCAGUGAAAAGCUUUCCAUUUGUGGAGUAUUCAUUCGUCAACUCUCAUGUCUUAUGUCUCAGCAAUGUCAAAGUAUGUGAAAUUGACAGCAUUAUAAGAUGACGAUUUAUCUAUCUAUAGUGUUAAACUACAACAAAAACAGUGGGGGUGAAAUCUCAACAAUAAUAUUAUAAUUUAGGCAGAUGUGUAUAUAGUUGUGCAGAGAAACUGUCCUCACUUAUUAAAAAGGAAGUCACUUUGAAUUUUAACUGAUGGAAUAUAUUUCCAGGAACACAUUACUUACAUAAAACAGCAGGUCUGUAUGCUUAGGGCUGUAUGGAUCUUACACCCACUCAAAGCAAGGUGUAAGAUUUAAAUAGUGACUUAUGCUCAUAGGGAAACUAUCUCUGCUGAUGCAACACUUAAAAUAUUAGUAGGGUAUGGGUUCAUCCUAUAUCAGAUAUUUAGUUAAACUAGGCAAAGUUUAAACUUAGGCACAGCUAAUGCAAGCCAAUGCUGGUGAAUAAAAAUUCCCUUGCACAGUGGGAAAAUUUUCGCCUCCUAAGUGUAAGUUGAUGUAUUUUGGUUUUCUUGGCCUGACAAGGGUCAGAAUCACUAAAAUACACUCAAAUUUUCCAAGAGGCAAAUGUCGUAAAAAUAGGGAUGGGAAUUCCCUCAGAGAGGAAGUGCUGAUGGGAAGUUAGCUGGAAAAUGUUGGUGAUACCAAAUACAAAAGAGAUUACACUGUCUUUGUGAAAGAAGUCAAUGAAUUCAAGAGAAUUGUGUGAAGUGUGUACUUUCAGGGCUGUCUUAUUUGAACUGAAUAGCAAUCUGCUCUCUUCAAACAAUAUUGUGGUUUAUCGUGUUAGAUCAAGUCUGCCUAUUAAGGUGUUACCUGCUACUUCCAAAAGUCAAACGAGGUUAAUAGAGGUUUAAAUUUUAUUUAUUCUAGUUAUCUAAUUGUGUCUUUCUUUGUCAUCUUUUUGCAGGUCAGUUUCCCAGCACUUUCGUGGAAGAGGUCACCAUUCCCAGCACCAAACCUGGAGACAGACUGUAUGUUUGCAUCAAUGAUUUCAGCUCAGCAGAGCCAGGCACUCUUCACCUGAAAAGAGGUACAGAUGCACAAGAAUUGAUGACACAUGGAGUGAUAAAAUCGUUUUAAACCUGUUUCUGUAUAUGUUUUCAGUGGAUGUUUUGUGGGAGAAAUUGGAAGUAAAACAAACCAGGCGCUUCUUAUUUGUAGUGAUUCUGUUAACUCUCAUGGUUCAUGUUUCCACAUUUAGCCUAACGCUGCUUGUUGAUGUCUCUGCACUCAGGUAAACUCUUUGUUUUGUGUUGUAGUGUACCUUAGAUGUGUUACAUACAUUGUGACCUGACUCAUUGCUUGUCUCUACCUUCACAAACAAAGACUCUUCUAAGUCUUUUAAAGCCAUUUGCCUUCUUCUUAGGGUUUGAAGAGCUGUUGGGUAAUAAACAUUUCAUUGCAAACCCAUGGAUCCCUCUGUUAAGUAGAGCAGAAGACAUUUCUAUGUAAUAUUAUGAUGACACAAUAGAGGAAAAUAAAUCUGGACAGCUGUCUAAAGAGAAAUUUACUGUAACAGCAAUGCAAAGCAGUCGCGCAACACACUUUCUAAAACUCCCCACUAGAUGUCCCCAUACACCAAACCUGCUCAGACCAUCUUCACUUGACUGUUUGUUUUUCUUUUACAUUCCUGAACUGUUUCACUCAGUUGCAGCUCUUUGUCUGUUUUUUUCUGAUUUUCCUUUUUAACACUGUCAGGGAUACAGUGAUGUUUGGAGAGAUCCUUUACACGGGUAAAACUUUAUGCUUUUGUCUCAGUGUCCUUAGGAGAGUCAGUGCUGUAGUGGUCCAAGUCAUAGUAGUAGUUGAAGUGUUUUUCUCUGACACCUGCAUCACAGCUGAUUAAAAGAUAAGAUUUUUUUUGACAUGACUGAAGCAGAAAGUGUCCGUUAAUGUUAACUCAAAUUUAUUCUUUAACAGCAACUCAACUUUUCGGCUGCUUCAUCAAUGUAAAUAAGUGAUCAACAUUUUAAUCAAUAUCCUUUUCUCAAACAUGCAGUUCAUCGUGUUUUGAUAAAAAUCUGUUUAAAUCAAUGACCGACUUUACUCUAAAUUUACAAUUUUCCAGUUUGUUUUUGUUUUGUCACUGAUAAAUAACUCUUACCGGAUCACAGGAAAAUGAGGAAACAGUCUGUCUCAGCCACUCGAGAGUUUAAAUGUUCAUUUCCAGUAUGAUUUUUUACGGUGUAUACUGGCCACGAUCCAGUUGGUUCCAGACACAAUGGGAGGUGGAGCCACAGGUCUUUGGAAUGUGACCCCCAUGACUCCUGAAUGACCAGUCAACACUCCCAUUAUUCCUGACUCUUCUGAUGUAUCAGUGGCAGUGCUGACCCUUUUUUACAGUCAUUAGAAAUACAACAACACAGGUUAGCCUAGAGAACGAAAUGAUUUAAACUUGUGUGAAGUUACCAGACCGACAACAGUAUCAGCAAAAAUUAAAAUACAUAGUACUUGUUUGUAACUAUUUUUACCGUAUCAGUCAGAUUAGAUUAAGUUGAUUGUAUUUAUUUUUGGUCUUUACUUUUGUUUUUUUAUCAAGUAUUUAUUCCCAUCAGUGCCAGACAUUAAAAAAAAAAGAAAAAAAGGGAACACACCCACACCCAAGCUUUCCAGACACCCAUCAGUCAGCAACAAUGGGAUUUCUGACAAAUGCACCCACAUAUCUUUUUGUUUUUACCAAAACCUUCUCCACACAGCAUUGGUUGACCUUUAGAAAUAAAAGAAAUACAUAACUAUGCAAUGUUUAUGUGAGACUAAAAGACCUGAAAACUUGAACUAAUGGAAUUUCCAGAAUCUAAACUUGUACCUGCUAAAUAACUUGUUUUCAGCUUCUUACAGGAAACUAAAACAUUGUACAAGUUAAUGAGUUUGUGUCAGACAAAGCAAGAACAUGAAAAAAGCACACACUUUAGGUGAAGUAAUACACAGAGAGGAUCUUACACAUGUAUGUUCAGGAUGUGUGUUUUGUCCACUUGAGCUUCAAAAUUCAUACAAAGCGAAGCUAAUGUACUCUAGCGUUAGCUGUUGUUAGAAACAGCUCCUUCUACCGAGAUCUACUUUGAUUAAAUAAAUAAUGUGUUUCUCUUUAUUUCUUCUCUCUUUAGGUGAUGUCGUUGUUCGGGAAGCGGGAGGGUCUGUGGACCCUGGUGACACCUGGCAGCGUGGUUUUAAUGCCUAUGGCAUCCGUGGCCUCUUCCCUACAUCAUGUGUAAAGGAGCUCCACUUGUCCGGCCGCUCUAGGCAGCUGUCUGAACGCUCAGCCCAGGCCCAGGCUUCUGAGCUCCCUCCUUACGCACUAGGCCAAGCCCGGGCUCUAAUGAACCUCCACGCUCAGCUGAACGAAGAGCUGGACUUCCGUGAGGGUGAUUUGAUAAUCAUAACCGGUCUCCCUGAGCCAGGCUGGUUCCAGGGGGAGCUGGAGGGCCGCCGGGGCAUCUUUCCUGAGGGGUUUGUGGAGCUUCUUGGGCCUCUUAGAUCUCCUCAGGAGCCAAUGGAUUGUCAGUAUUUAAGCAACGAUUCAGAACAAUAUAGCUAUGAUGAUGCUUAUGAUGCAGGAGAGGUGACUGAGGAGGAAGGAGAGACUUUCCAGAAAGAGGAAGAGGAGCAGAAAGAGGCCGAAGUUGAGGAGGGGGAGGAGGAGGUGGAGGAAGAGGGUGGCGUAUAUGUAGUGGCACAGUAUGAGUUUCGUGCAAUGGAACCAGGCGAGUUGGACUUUGAUACGGGAGAUCGCAUCAGACUUAUAAGCACUUUGGAGGACGGUUGGCUGGAGGGUGAGAUUAGAGGAAGGCGGGGUAUUUUUCCUCAUCGUUUUGUGAAAAUGGAGGAUAAUGGUCAACAACUGACAGAGGAAACAAAUGUUGAACCUGAAGAAGACAAGGACAAUAGCUCCACCUCUGAUUACAGCUCAGGCCAAUUAUGCCCCAAUGGAUCAGAGAACGAUACUGACUGGAGUACUUACGAGGAUCAUACGGUUUGGGACCUGGACUACUUUGAGAGGACGGAGGAGCAGAGGUGGAAAAGCGAACACAAAAGCACUGACACUCAAGCUACUCACAAAAGACAAAAUGAUAGUAAAAGGCCUGAUGCUCAACCACGUAGACCUUCUGCUCCAGUGCAGAGACUGCCAGAGAGGCUUAAAUCCACUCCUCCGGCACGACCAAGACUCCCAGCACGGCCAAGUCUACCUGCACGCAACAACAGAAACCAUAGUUCGUCUUCUGGUACAAGUAGAUCCAGCUAUACUAAUGGCAACACUCAAUCCCCACGUCCCAAACUGACCCAUAGUCUUACCCUUCCUAGAAUGCAGCAUGGUUGGUCUAAAGACAGUAAAUACCAACAAAGGGCUACGACAGAUGGUUCCACCAACAAUAAUGGAGCUGCCAGUCUUGGCCAGGUUUUGUUUAACCUUGCUGAGGCUCAUAUGCAGAAGAAGCUAUCUCGCCAUGUUAGCGUCAGUGAUGCUGAUAUUAUGACUGGUAGCUCUGAAGCACGCCAACGUUCACACCACUCAAUGCGUAGCUCCAAUGGUUUCGCACCAACUUCUAUGACAUUAGAUGCCCUGGCAACCUCAGCCGGUGACUUGGAAACCAAACUGUCCCAGCAGCUUUUCGAAUUCGAGAAAAGCUUGACUGCUUCUUAUAGUGACUCCAACAUGAGUCCUGGUGCUCCAAGGGAAGCCUCUCCUCUUAAUGACUCAGACCAGCAAUCCCAAAUCUUGCGGCACUUUUCCAUUCUGGACUACAGCAAUGAAAAUGACAUCAUACGAGGCUCUUCACAUUCCCCAGUGGCUCACCUCUUGCAGUCAAACUCGGCCAAUUCCUCAUUAGAAAGGCGGAGGACCCUUCGGCCUCCUCCUCCUCGUCCUAGAGUCAUUCGCCCCCAAGCCCCACCUGUGUACAAACCUGCCCGCCCUCCCCCACGUCCCCCUCCUCGAUUUCCAAGACAAAAUACCGCUCCUCCAUCUGAUAACUCUCCCAACAGCCACAUCUUCUACACCCCUGAUGAAGUGGAUACGAACAUCUUCAACAGGCAGGCUGAGUUUGGUGACCUUGCAGCUGCUCAGGAACAUGAAAUCCAGUGCCAGCUGGAAGCUGAGAAAGAGCUGGAGAGAGUGAUGGAGUUGGAGAGACAGAGACAAAGGGAAGAGGAGGAAAAGUACCAGCUGCUGCUACGGCUACAAGAGGUGGAGAAUGACAUGGAGGCGUAUGCACACACAGCUGAGGAGCUGAGGACCAUGCUAGAGGAGGAGGAGGAUGAGACAGCACGAAUGCAAGCUCUGGAGAAUCUGGAGUUCUGCAACUACACCCUUGAGACGCUGGCCCUGGAGCAGCAGCAGCUUCAAGGUAAGAUUGAACAGAUGCACGGAAACCUUUAUGUGAAAGUUUAAUCAAACUGAGGGGAUCAGAGACUUAGUCCUCUGAUGGUUUUUCUCACUGAACUGCCAGAACUUAAGGUAAGAAUUCAAUCGAGUUUCAAAAUAAGUGUUCAGGUCCAAACUGAGUUUCUAAUUGAGUCUGAGUCUGAGUCAAGCGCUGGAGAUUUAUCUCAUCAGUGAGGUUACAGAGCUGUGCCUACAGCACAAGCUUUCCCUCACCUCUCUUAAUGGCACUCAUGGAUUCAGCUACAGUUGGCUUCACUGCCAGUUUCCCAUAAACUCCAAAUAUAGCGUUACUUUCAGCCAGCGGUUUGUUUAAGUUUGAGGUUUUCCCUUUCAUCUCUUUGAUUUUUCCCUCACAUACCAAACAUGAUGCACUGCCCUUGUUUGCAUUUGCUGUCAAGUUUUUCAAAAUACAGACAAAAUGAUGAGAGUGUUGCUAUUCACAAUUAGGGAGAAUCUGAGUCCAAGCCCAACUCCUCAGCACCUGAGUAAAAGUCGAGGCAUGGAUCCUGUGUAAAAAAUGUGAGGGGAGAAAUUCAUCCAGUUAGUUUUCCUGUUAUGUUUUUGUAAUCUUAAAAAACAUAACAGGAAAAGUGGGGAUCUGGAUGCAGACAACAAGAAAAAACGAGAAGGCUUUCUCUCACUUGAUGUCAUGAAAUUCCUUCAAAGGCCCGAUGCCUGCAGGUCACUUUAAAGCUGUUUCAAUCUACUGUGGACAAAAAGUAAUAUAACAGGAAUUUAAAAACCAUUAGUGCUCAGCAGAUUUCCUCUGCGCUACUCUGACACACACACACACGCACGCACACACACACACACUUAGAGGAACACUAGUUAUUUAAAUUCCUUGGUACACUAUGCAAACAGGACAUUUGUAUUUACCGUCUGCACUGAACAGCUGAAGAAGGCUUAAAGAGGGUUUAUAUCAACAUGGUCUGUGUAUUAUUGUUGAUGUGGAUGGGAAUGUGGAGGUCAGACUGAAUUUUUCUGUCCCUCACUUUGGGUCAAAAACUCUCAAAUUGAAUUAGAUAUGAAAUGUGGCGCCACCUUCUCCUUUGGUUACACAAAAUGAAAAGAAAAGUAGAUUUUCUCAUCAGUUUUUUGAUUGAUCCCAGUGCAGCUAAUUCAUCAUCUAAGACAGAUAAAUUAGUUUAAGCUCUAAUUGGCUCAUCUUUUGCCAUACUCAUACUGUCGUGCUGUCCAGUGCUGUCUCUGGCAGUCCAGCUCUCUGUCACAUAGGUAUGAAGUGCAUUCCACACAUCACAAGAGAGUAAGCAAUGCACACAGGCCUCUGUCUUUUUUUCCAUCCUCUCUCCUUCUUUCUAGUCCCUCUGUCUCUCCUUCUCUAUCCAAAUUUCCAGUUUUCUCACUCUGCACCUUUCAUACUUUUCCCCCAUCGUCACUUCCUUUUUAAAAAAAGAGUGUGGAGAAAGGCGACAUUUGGUGUGGUUCUUGGUGGAUUCUCGCUCUGUGGUUUGAGACGGACAGAGCAAGGCAUGGCCCACUUCAGAGUGCGGCCCAAAGUGCAGUUGUGGCGAGCGGUGACACGGCCUGUGGCUCACCUCUCCACACUGCUUGGACUUAUUCGGGAGCUCAGGUCCAACAGAGAGACAGGUAGGCUCAUCUGGAAUUAACGCAAAUGAAAUUUCAGGCGUUUGUGCUGUUUGAGAGUCAGUGUUGCUGUUUUUGGACAUCAUUUAUGACUGAUGAGAACAGAUUUCUGCUGCUGUCCUCUACUUACUGGUUGAUGAUUAUCAGACAGCUGUAUAAAGCUCUUCACAGACUGGUUCGCAUCUUUAUUAUAAGAAUGUCAACAGCCUGAGUGUUGAAUGUGUUUGAGUCAACCGGCAAUUAGCAACAGAUUGCUUGUUUUGCUCUGACGUCAGUUUGAAAAUGAUUAAUUCAGUCAUUUGUCUUCAACCUCAGUUUUGAUCCAAAAGGAAAUCAAUCAGGGUAAACCUUUAUUUCCAGCGAUGUCAAAAGUGUUGAACUGCAGAAAAACAAAUGGAAGACCUGGUGAUCCAUGUCGCAGCUAUUGCAGCCAUGAGCCUGUGCUGCAUGUCUUCAUCCUUUAAACCUGAAUCUCUCAAAAUGUUGACAAGCCUGCUGUCAGUUUGCACCUAUUUAGCAAGACUUGUUAUUUACCUCCUCUAUUUAGUGUCAUCUUCAGGUCUGUGGUGAUUUGCACACUUCUAAGUAACGCUCUGCUGGCUUUUGUGAUGUGGCAGCCAGCUGACAUUAGUUCUAAUAGCUUCAACUUUAAGCUUGCUCUUGGUGGUGUCUGGGUAUUUUUUAAAGGUAAAUGUGCCAUUCAAAAGCAAAGUGGUGUCGUUUUUUUCUAUCAUAGCAACAGCAGGAAGCAAGAUGAUGCCGCAGCAGCUUGACUACGGCGUGCUGAAAGGUUCAAAAUACCAUGUUUUUCAGGUGAUAAGGCACACCGAGCGCACUGUGAAUUAACGUGUCUAUAUUCACACAUAGGCGCACUGGAUUGUAAGGCGCAUUAAGCAUUGGACGUUGAUUGGUUCAUUGUUGCUAGUGCGUACUCCGUGCACGGGCUGCCUUACAUGAAUGCACUUCUAGUUUAGACAUUACAGUGAGGCAGUCUUGUAGACUGUUACAUGGCCAAUCAGGUAAUGACACAGCAUACAGUAAUGCUCUGAAUAUUCAUUGAGCGGAGUGGCAAAGUUGUACAUUUUGACAGAUUUUUGAGUGCGUUGUACCACAUAAAAUCAGUCAGUAAGCACAACAGGUAUCCAUACAUAAGGUGUGUUGGAUUAAAAGGCGCACUGUCAAUUUUUGAGAAAAUUUAAGGAUUUUAAGUGUGCCCUAUAGUCCGAAAAUUACAGUGGCAUUUUGGAUCAGUAUCAUCUCAGUGAAUUUGUUCACACUGACAGCCUGAAUAGGUUAUUUCAAGCCAUAAAAAAAUCUAUGUUGUGUUUUAUCCUUAUUUACCAUUUGAAUAGUUUUGAAUGAAUGAACCGUCAGUUAUUGCCUGACUUGCAUCAAUGUUUGACAGCAAUUAUCACUAUGAUUAACUAUUUCUUCCUGUUACAAAUACACAAAGGAACAAUAUCAGUCCUAACACUGCCAAAAUUUGGUUUCAUUUUAUUUCUAACUUUUCACACUCUACAUAACAAACGUCUGUUCAAGUUCCUUCUUUUUUAGCUAAUUGAGUGUUUUUUCUUACUCAGCCAAGUUUCUCAACCAUCAAACACAGAUUAUCAGACAUCACAGUUGAGGCUAUUGUGCACCCCUUCUAAGCUUGUCUUGCAAAUGUAAUCCCAUUACCAAAUGAUUCAAGCUAUUAUAAUUAGCUGCAUUUCCUUUAAUCUUGUUUGGCAUUAUCGUAAAAUCUUAUGUUUGUUCUCUUGAUUUUUGUCCCAUUCAGCAUUCAGGUGAUUAUUUUACUGUUAUCUGUCACUUAAAUGUUAAUCAAUGGCUGAAUCUGAUCUUCAUGUCUGCCAAUGAAAGGAAUCAGCUUGAGGGCAAGCUACAGGUGCCUCUGUAGGUCAUGUAGCUAAAUAGUUUCCAUUUAAGUCUGACCCUGCAGAAGUUCUCACACCCUCUUUUCAAGUCAAUAAAACUAGUUAUCCAAUCUCUGCUUUCCUUUUGAUAUUUGGGGCACUGUUAGAUGUGGAAAUAGAGUGAGAUUGUGGUGAGAUUUUUGAGGUUUCAGGCAGUCAAAACUUCUUGUAAUAAAGGAUGUUUGGUAUGAUAAUAGUUAACACAUUAUCAGACAUAGAAGCUUUUAGUUGGACUUGUUAAUUGAAUAUUUUACUCCCUCGGGUUUCCCAUGUAGUGAUUAGCUGAUAGAAAGAAGUGUAAAUAUCAGCACAGUUUCAGGAUCUUUGUUGCAAAAGAUGUGUUUGUCAUCCUCUUGCUAUUCACACACACACACACACACACACACCACACACACACACACACCACUCAGCUGGGAGUGUGUGUUCCCCGUGGUUUUGCAGGGUGUGUUCCUGAGUGUAACAUUUGAAGACAAUGGAAGCUUAUUGUUGUAAGGCAGGGAGUUAUUUCAACAUGGAGCCUGUGCUGCACUGUGCAGAGGUUAGUCCCCAUAGAUGUGGAAAGAAGUGUUGAAGUUGAGCUCACAACAUGGAAAUCCAUUGAUCACAUGACAGCAAAACACAGCAGAACUGAUACUUCAAAACAGCCUUUUCUUUUUUGUGGAAAAUUCAAAUAGUACAUACUUGAGAGACCGGUUUUUGUAAGUGAGGGGGAGUUUAAGUGUGCCAUAGAGGAUAGAGAUAAGCAAGUAAGGCUGUUCUGUGUGUUGCUGUUUGGCUGGAGGAUAUGCACAGCAAAAAAACACAAAUUUUACUGAGUGUAUUUGUAUAAUUUCUUGUUUAAGUAUCUCAUCACACUUAUGGAGAUAUACCCUAUUUUAAUUCUUUUCUCUUUUGUUUUUAUAGUGGGGUUGUGUGAGGUACUUCUCAAUAGUAUGUGAAUUACCCACAGGAGAUGCCGUUCAGCUUAGCCCCCUUUGUCGGGAAACAGAACUGAAAACCAGCGAAGGCUGGGCCGUCAAUGUUGCAGUCAGGGUCAGCUCUACCACUUUUUAGCUAGAGUCUGACCCAGACUCUUAUGUCCAUGGAGAAGCGCCACGCACAUAGAAAAAAAAUUCAGUGUUUUGUUGUCAGAGUUAUGCUGUGUUUUAGCAUUAUUUGAAUAUGCACCACAUACAUGCUACUCUGCCUGCAGCGCACUGAUCAGUUUUUCAGGUUUUCAAGUUGGGAAAGAGAAAAACAUUAAACCUUUUGACAAGUAAAGAAUUACAGCUUGUUUCUAAGAAACCUGUCAAAAAAGUUUGAUUGCUGCAUUGGCAGACAUUGCUACUUGUUAGAAAUAAUUAUGAUAUUAUAAGAAAAAGGAUAAUAUUUUGAAAUAAGAUUAAUCUCUAGAUUUGACAGUUCAACUCAUACUGAUCAAUUUUGACCAGUGAAGUUUUUUUGCCAGUUUGUAAUGCCAGUGAGUGCAAUGCCAUGCCACUUCUUCUAACCACAAUCACCAGUCCAGUUUUAACAACUUAUUUUAAUAAACUUCUCAAGAAGAUAAUGUCUUGAAAUAAGAUGUUAUAUCUUGUCUUGUCAGAUAAACAUAGGUCAUAUGAAGUCUAAUGAGAUUUACACUUAAAUCUGAAUGAGAUUAGAGUUUUUGCAGAGAGCUUUUGAUUAUUUGGAACCAAUAAUACACAAAACGGAAUCCUUGAAACAUGAUAUAUGUAGUGCAUAACAGUGAUCAGGAGGAAGUCUCUUUAUCAAGUGUAUGCAGCUAAAUACAUCAUAUCAUGACGUGGGAACUGUCAUGUUUAAAGUGAUGGGUUUUGUGCAUUUAAAAAGAAAUAGAGUGGUGUUUAUUUUUUCUGUCCCCUAUCUAAUUUACAGCAUGUGACACAAACAUCUACCCACAUAAAUUAGCCAUCACAGUUGCCUCUCUUUUCUAUGAAUGUUUAUGUUAUGGUGAAAGUGGCUCUUCUUCUGUCACAUCAGCACCAAUCUUCAUCUCCAGCAUCUCUUUGUGUUUCUUCUUUUCAUCCUAAAGCUCUUUGACCUUCACCCUCUUUCGGUUCUUUAAACCCAUCAUUAGAAGACCUCCAUCCGCUUCAGUGACACCACAGCUUUAUCUAUUAAAUGCUGCUUUUGAGGAUCUGUUUCAGCCUCAGGUUUCCUCCAGCUGGUCCUACAAACUGAGGGGACUUCUGGACUGUGAACCUUGCUCCUGGAAAUCACAUCUUUUUUUUUUUUUUCUUGAUGUGUUGUUUGUUGAUCAAGCACCUGAUGGCUUUAUUUACACAAGCUAACACAGCCGCUGGGAGGAAUGUUGCAUUUGACAUUCCUACAGUAGACACACAUGCACAAAAGCAGUUUCGGUUGUGCUCUGAGACUGAAAGAUGAGAUGUGCGACACUGAUAAUUAAACAGCCUUAUGUAAGGAGAGAACAAGGUCUAAGUUAAAUUUCUGUUAAGAAGCUGUGAGUCUGUGAGAAAUGUUGGUUUAUGUUUGUGCAAUGCCUAACUAUUCAUUAAUUAGCAAUAAAUAACAUAAAUACUACAACUUAUCUUACAAAAUUAAAGUGCAAAGUCUCUCAAAGCUGUUAAAGAAGUAGAUUGUUGACUUCACUAAAAGGCAAGUAUCACCAAAAUUGAUUAAAAUUACCUAUGUUGUAAACCUGCAUAAUUAACAAAGCUGUACACUUUAAGGACCAAUCAUUCAGUAACAGGAUUUUUUUCUGUUUGCUUGUGUCUUAAUUCAGUAUUUUGGCCACAAAUUGUGAUAUUUGGAAAGCAGUUCAUUUAAGAAAAUUUUAGUUAUACUUUUAAUUUUUUUACUUUAUAGUUUGUUGGAGGAAAGGUCAGCGACUUAAGGCCAGUUUUCUCAAACCAGAAGUGAAAUUUAACCCCAAAAAAACAAGUUCCAUUAACCAAUAAAACAUCAAAUAAAGUGGCAUUAAAUGUUUUAGUAUUUUACAAACUGCGUUUGUGAGUGACCAUGUUUUUCACGUGUAUGAAAGAGUGUGCAAGCCCUUUAAACCUCUCCCUUUGGUGCCUGCCUCUUUCAUGGGGAGUUACUAGGGGGGAGGGAUAUAUUAUACUCCGGCUUUAUGAAUAGGCUCAAGUUUUUUCUCACACUGAAAGAUCGUGUCUCCUCUGAGAGUUGGGACAGUCCUCAACAAUAGCUCAUUGUGCACACCAGCAGCUACUUUUUCAGUCGCUGCUUUUGCUUAAUCAGGCUGUGUGCUCUCAAAAAUCCUUUCACCUUGUGUUCUCCCUUAAUGUGGAAAAAAAAAAAAAAACGUCAAGAACUUUUUUUUCAGAUUUGCAGAUUUCAAAUAAUCAUCAACUUACUAGAUGGACAUGGGUGUAUUUUGUUGUAAACCACCUAUGUGCUCUGUGUUAUAGUGCAAAGACUUCUCUGAUGGACUGAGGUGUUUUUAUGCACAGUUUCAGUUUGACUAAUAACAUUAUAGCCUUUGGACCAGUGCUCGAAGGUGGAAUAUGAAAGUUAGAGGCGGUUGUAAACAGGCAAAGUGUGAUGCAUUUGUCACCAUAGGCUGCAUGAGUAACCAUGGAAGUUAAACCUACAGGAAAUAGCAAAACAAAGAAAACAGGUUACAAGGAAGGAUGGAGAAUUGUUCAUGGAAGUGAAAGAAAACAUUUGGCUUCAAAGUCUGCCAUCCCCUUAAAAGCAGAUUUGCAAACUUGUCUCCAUCUUUCAUCCAAAGAAAAUCUCUAGGCAGACUGUUUUCCUGCAAACAGAGCAACUGGCCAAUUGAAAUAAUGGGAGGGGCUGUUAGGGCUAAUCCUCCACUCAUGUGACUGGACUGAAUCAUUAACCCAAGAAGGCCCCACCUUCACUAACCCCGCUCCCCCUCUCCCUCCCUGAUUUGUUGAGAUAGCUGCUGGGAGGGUACAACUUGGUUACACUCAGGGCUGGGAGGUGCUUGGGACAGGCAGUCCUGCUGAGGCAGAAGAGAGGAGACAGAGAAAACAAGUGAGAGAGUUACAGACAAUAUGCCUGACAGGUGGAGUCUCCCACGGCACUUAGUUAUGGAAUGCAGGAUUUUGGAAAGAGGAAAUACGCCACGUUGAACAAGAAACUGUAUCAGCACCAGGCAAGCUGAUUUAAACCCACGACAGCCAUGAAGAGCCCUGUGGUUUAUGGCAACCCAGUCAUGUUUGCUCCAGUGGAUUGGAACUAUGCUGUCGGCACCCCGGUUAGGAGAGGGAAGAGUGUCGAAGAGCUUGGGGAUGCCGGUUGGGCCAGAGAGAGGGAGAGGAUGGCCCAUCUGCAACAUAUACAACAACUCCACCAACUACAGCUUCAGCAGCAACAGGUUGGAUAUCACGGCUAUGGAGUAGUUCCUCCCGGGCAGCCACAGGGACCAGUCAUGGUGGCGAGUCCGGGUAACUCAGUUCCAGUUCCUGUGCCAGUUCAUGGUGGCAUGAUGGUUCCUGUGGCUGGGCCAAUACCACCUCAAGUGCAUAUGCCACCUCCAUGGCCAGGACAAUGGGACAACCAAGCCCAAGUUGGACCUGGCAAUGUAUGCCCCCAAAGAGAGAGACCUCCAGGACAAGAUGGUUACUUCCACCCUGGUUCAGAGGAUGGUCAUCUUGAUGUAAGGAUAUCUGAAUGGAAAGGCAAGCAUAUUUUUUACCAAGGCCCAGAAGACUACACAACCCAGGACUAUAGCAAAGUGCCAAAAGAAAAAGACUCCAGAACCCCUGAACGGUACAGCAAUGAGGACCGAAGAAGGGAGGACUGGGUAAGAGAAAAUGACUAUAAUGAUGACCGUUAUGAUCAGAGGAGUCCCAGGGACAUCGAGGAGUAUGAUCAUAAGGACAAAUACAGACACAGAGACCAUUAUGAUCGCUAUGAUGACAGAGAGAAGCAACAAUAUGACAGCAGGAGGUAUGGUAAACAUGAUCUCAGAGAACAGGACAGUUACAACAGUGAAUAUGAGGACUACUAUGAUCACAAUUAUGCUUGCAGAGAUGAUUACAGGGACAGUGAUCGCUACUACAGUCAUGAUCGGGAUUAUAAUGACUCAAGAAAGGAUCAACAUUACAGAGAAAAAGAGUACUAUCAGCGCAAGAAGGAGGAGCGGUACGAUGAAGAGCGAAGGCAUAAGGACCAAUACUACGACCGGUAUGCAGAAGAUCGGUAUGAACGCAGGGGAAGUAACUACAAAAACAGGGAUGACUAUGAUCGAAGAGGUGAGGAUGGUUACACCCGUAAAGGAAGAGGCCAGUGCGACUCUGAACUGGAUGAGUACAAUGGUUACAAGGAGAGAGACCACUAUGACAGGUACAGAGAUACAGGUAACGAUAGGAGAGAUGAUGACCACAGGAGGAGGGACCAGUACAAAGCAAGGGAGCACUAUGAGCGAAGGAAUGUGGACCACUACAGCCAAAAGAAUCAGGACCACUAUGAAACCAGAGAAGGGGAUCGUCCUCAGAACAAGCCCAGAGACAGAUAUCGAGAUUUACGCUCAAUGUCUGAAGACUCACGAUACGAGGAGUCCCCUCAGAAAGGUCGCAAGACACACUGUGAGGAAUGGGUUGAGCAGCAGAACCAGAAGUUGGCACUCAGGGAAGUGCACUCUUUUGAGGAUCCUGUUGUAUAUCAUCACAAUGAGGAGCGGGAAAAGGGAUACGAGUCGAGCGCAGGGAGCAUGGGUUCAAAGCGUCCCCGUAAACCUGUAUACGUGGGGUCUCUGGAUCGGAACAGCUUUUACAGGAAGACAGCCCCUAGCUCACUUCGAAACUCCCAGUUUGCCACAACCAGGAAACAAAAACAAGGUAAACACAAGGACAUUGUCAUGUGAGAGGAGGUAUUACAGACAGUGUAUUUGCACAGCAUCAGGUCCUUUUAAGUUUGCGUUAUCAUUCUCAAAUCUUAGGGGCACCUCAAAAUGCAUCCAUCAAAAGUCAGAUGAAAGACUGGUUCAAACAACUUCACAAAACAGAUCUUGAAAAACAAAAGAUUCAAUUUGCGAGGGCUGUUGUCAUUCCAACCCCAGUAGAUAAAACAAGAUGGAGAGGUCAGCAAUCUUUGGUGUCUCAUGCCUUAUCAUUGGUGACCUCCAGAGGUGAUCUUCCAAUCAAUGCUGAGGGGUUUUAAGUGCUGACAAGCCAGACUCACCUCCUUACUGAGUGUGUGCUGUAAACUCUAUGUGUGUAUGUGUGUGUGAGUAUCACCUAUCACACAGGAAAGUGAGCUGUCAGGUAUUUGAAGGUGUAGGAACCUGCCAGACAGGUUUUGUAGGGUCUCAGUUGUUGUUCCUGUCAUUCUUCCGAUCUGCUGUCUGCACUUUUCUUGUUUGCUGCUGAACUCUGCAUCACUGAUGCUAUGUGUGCCUAAAACUAGUCCGUUCAGUUUCUGCAUUUGAGUGUUUUAGUUGUUUUCCAGGGUGUCAAAAAAGUCUCUAUUUUAAUGAAAGCUGGUAUCUUUGUAUAGAAACUAGUUCUUCAGAGCCCAGAGAUUGAAGCUGAAAACUUUCAAGUUUCUUUCUGUUCUUUCACUGAUUAAAUUUUAACUCAGCUGACUGAGUCAUCCUGCUACAAUAACAGCAUGUUAAGGGCCUAUGUGUGGAGGAGAAAGGAGGUCAAAUGUAAAACUCAGACAUCAUUUUUAAAAUAGCAAAUUUAAGGCAAGAAGAAUAGGUUCAUUCUGUCUCUUUGACUAUUUCAGUGGUAGUUUUGCUGAUGUGAACAUAUUUGAGCCCAUUUUAAAGCUCCCAGGUUGUACCUUUUAUGUUUUUUUUCUGAUCUUGACCUGCUAGAGGGAAAGUAUGAUUAAAAAAAAACAAUUAAUUCUGCUUUUUUUUUUUUUUUUACCAGUCACACUCACUGCAAAACUUUUCUGCUGAACAAAGUCUGUGUCUGCAGUGUGCUCCAAUUCACUUUGACCAGCACCUACCCUGGCAGCAAUGGUUAUAGGCUUUAAAAAGGACUUUAUACAAUGACUACUGCUUUGUGGCUUCAUAUGGAGGCAUCAGUAUUAAUUCCAGUCAGUUUUAUAUCAAGUAUAAGUCUGGGGGUUUAGGUCUAAUUAGGGUUCACUUGGGUUGACUUAUCAGCAGUCACAGACUGAAACAAAAGAAACCAUCUCACUAAAUAACUCAAGAGUAGGUGUUCAUGUGUUUGUGAUUGUGUUUCCUGAGGAACCGAGGAAAGAGAGAGCGCUCUUCUGUCCGAGUUUAUUGUGUCUGUAAAGAAGCAGGUGGCGCCCUCCAUCCCCUCCCCCAGUCACCUAGAAACUCACACACGCACUGGUCAAACACGCACAUACAUACACACUGGCCUCCACCUCACUGCCUUUUCAGGAGUCCGAGUAUUAAUCCCUAGCGUCAGCAUGGUGAGUGGAUGGCGGGGGUCUGUCUGGUGCCAGGAGGUGGCCGGCACAAGCCUGACUCCUUCACUGCAGGACGUGUGUGAUUGUGUGUGUGUGCGCAUAUAUGUGUGUAUGUGUGCACAAGUGAGGCUCUGCAAGGCUUAUUUAAGAGAUGACGCCAUUUUUCAAAACACACACCACACACACUUGGCUCUUCAGUAUCUUUUCAGCCUUUAAUCUUGUUAAACUGUUUCAGCUCUGUCAGGGGUUUGCCUUGACUAAAGCACUUGAUUGCAUGGCUAAAAACAUUACUGACAAUCUUGUUGCAGCAUUUAUUGGGCUUACACUGAGGUUGAGUGACAUUGAGGUGAUGGACCGGGCUUUCUGAGAUGGCCCUUAACACUAUAAAAGGCCUUUGUUGUCCUCUUUAAUCCAGUAUUAGAUAUAAGACCUCUCACCACGGUCUGACAAGUCCUUGGAGGCCAGUAAAUUCCAGCUACAAAUCAAUAUUUCACUGGACAUCCAUGCAGCUGUAAUAGUUUUGAGUAUGGCACUAAUUCUAUUAUGUUUAUGUCCAUGUAGAGUAAUUCAAAUAGACACCUGAACCUGAUUGAUCUUAGUUCAAUAAGUUUACCUAUUAGCUGCUAUACAAUUACAAGUAGUAGUUUCUUUACUCUGAGAAAUGCCCUCUGUGGUCCUUCAGUGUUUAAGGGCCCUAUGUGAGUAAAGCGUUGUCAUCCUGCUAUGAUCUGGCAGCGUAUGCUGUCUUGUUAUCUGUAAUCCUUGAACACUUGCUGCCAUUGGUGGGCAGGGGGACUGAGGUGAGGUGGGUUGGGGGGUUUAGGAGUUAAGACUGGAAAUCUUUAGACGAGAACUCAAAUCUUCUGACAACGCUGAUCUAAAGAUGCCUUUACUCACUGCUGGCAGGUGAGAAAGACUGUUAGUGAAUUGUGAUUUAACAUACUAGUCCAAACCCAUCAAUAAAAACCUCAGAUAUCAUUUUAGUUUUUUGUCUGUAAUAAAGACAUUUCAUGGAAGUUGCUUCAAAUAAUUUCUUGCAAUCAUAAAUGUACCAACUUGCAGAUUGUUGGGAUUUUACCACAAGUGGUAUAGAUUGUCUUGUACCCAAAACAAGAGGCUUCAGAUGCAGAACUUGUUUUUAUGUAAAAUACAAUAUUUCAAGAAGUAAUUGGACAAAAGCUAUAAAACUGUAGUUGCUGGUUUGAUGAAGUAUGUAGGGAUUUACUUUCUGUUAACAUGUGGGAGCUGUGAUUGAAAUGAGACUAUAUCUUUGACCCAGUUCACACAAACAGUACAGGACAGUAAUAGUGACAAACCCCUGACUGUGAAGGAACUGAAGGAACUUAAAUGUUGCCUCAGUAAGUGCUGGAAGAGACUUACUAUUAGUGACGUCUCCAGUUUUUUUCCAGAGGGAUGAUGAUGUUGGCCAAAUUGGAAAUGAUGAUGCAACAUAGGUUUAAUUGAUCCAGACAAUGGUAAGGAGGUAUUGCCGGGUCUUAAAGCUACAGCAUGACUACCUGUUGAUUAAAACAGUUAGGCCUCUAAUCAUGCAAACUUCUGCAGAACUCUUGGCCUUUAUACAGUCAGUAUAAAAUUUAAACCUGCUGUAAAUGUGAAAAUUAGCCAAACAAACCAAGAACCCUUGUUUGACCAGAGUGUAAACAUGCUCAACCUCCCCCCUUUCCUCAUGUUUAAAAAGCCCAUUUCUCAUUCAUUAAGUGAGGACAUGUUACUAGUGAUGCACGAUAUGAAAAAUUUCAACCGAUACCGAUAACCGAUAAUUUUCUUCUUCUCAUGGCCGAUACCGAUAACCGAUAAAUUAAUAUUUUUACAUUUAUUAUAAUCUUCAUAUAAUCUGCAGUUUGUGCAGGAUGCAGUGAUUGAAAACUGAUAUUUUUGUUGCUCUGGCCUAUCUAGAACAACAAACUAAAGUUUUUGGCUCUUCAAAUGUUUAUUUUUUCCAUGUCAUCACAAAAAUAUGUGGUCAUUAGCUAUAAAUAACAAUAACAGAGCAAAAAGCAGAACUUCAUUUGACCAAAACAGUGCAUCCCCUGAACUGUUCAACAGAACUGUAGACUGUAAAGGAGCUAUUAUGAGACGUUAGGAUUAGCAUGCUGACCGAACUAACAUCUGACGUCCAUAUGUCUGUGGUAAAACUCACGUGUAGUCCGUUCUUGUCGAUCAGGUUGUGAAUGUAUGUGGCGACAAUAUCAGAGUGCAGGAAGGGACACAUCCGAGAAGAAGCGGCGGCUUGGGAGAGUGUAACGUGGCUACAAGUGUGCUAUGAACUUACGAAAACCCGGGUUCUCAACGACGGAAAAAGGCUGGUCGUCGACCGCUAUGAAUUCCAUCACUUUGUCGUUAAUGGCUUUAGCCUUUUCGCUGUCUCUUGAGAAGCUUUUGCAGUUUUCAAACGCCUGCUGAAUGGGGACAUCGAUCCUCCGUAGUGUUGUUGUCUUAGCUUUAGUACCGCUAGCAGCUUCGGCGGCUGUCUCAUAGUCUUUUAAUACCGCUUCGCCGCGAUGGCGACUUUUCAGAUUCGCUAUCAGAUUCGCUGUGUUAAUACUUGACGUCUUCAUUCCGCCUCUCGGAAUCCUCGCUGAACAGGUUUUGCAUAUAGCAGCUGUUGUCAUCUUCUGCCACUGAGAAAAACGACCAUGCUGGUGAAGACAUUUUAUUAUCAGUCAGGUAGUGACAGGGGUCAGGCUUGGGACCUGCGAGUAAGGCGCGACGGGCGGCUACUCCGCCUGCAAACGUUACUCGUAAUUUCAUUAAUAUAUCGGCUCUUUCUAUCGGAAAAAUGCACCUAUCGGACCGAUAAAAAAUGACGUAAUUUUCCCCCAAAUCGGCCGAUAUUCUAUCGGUCCGAUAAAUAUCGUGCAUCCCUACAUGUUACGGUUAUUUCUAUGUGGAUUUAUACUUAAAUUUCAUUCAGAUACCAAAACCUGACAGCGUCAUUUCGUCUGAGCCUCUUCCAUUAGUAUUACACACUAAAUUCUCCUCUCUACCCAAAGAUAUCUUUUAUUAUGUACUAACUUGGUGUCAGUGUUGCUGUAUCACAGUCAUAUAGUGUAUAUGUUGCUUUGUGGUUAAGCCUCUUUGAGCUCUUAAACUUGAUGUUUACUAAGAGAAGUGUUGAUUUAAGCAAUGGUGACAUUAGCUGUGUGGGCUUAUUCUUUAACAUGUUCACACAAUGAUCAUAUCGCCAAGGUUAAAAAAAAAAACAGUGACGACUUUCUCUUGUAUGUAAAUAGGGGCGUCAGUGUCAAACACUGUGUGAACAGAGCCACUUAAAGCAAUAUCAACAGAGAAGUUAUCCAAGAUUUGAAUGCUGAGUUUGUGGUAUCAGUUAAUAUAUUUUCUAAUGGCUGCAGAAUGUAGUUUUAAUUAUUAAAUAACCAAGGGCUUAUCACACAUUAACAUAAACAGAAACAGAGCUAUCUUGCCUCCAGUGACUUUUGUGGCUUGUGCACACUCGUUUUGGAAUAAAUGACUGAAUUUUCUCAUAUUCAGCCCUUUCUUUGUCAAAUGCAGUACAUAGAUGCUGUAACUCUUGCUCCUAUAAGUCUGUGGGAAAACCUUUGAAGCCCUCAGGCAGAUCUUUGUCUUUACUUGCCUGAUAUUAAGCAACAAAUAUAAUGCUGCCAGUUUAGUCAUCUCAUCUAUUUCCCACACAGAAGUGACAGCAAAGAUAUAUACCAAAUCUAUGAUUAAAUUGUCAGUUUCUCAGCAGUUUUUCAUUGUAACCUCUUUUAGUACUUUUUAAAGCUUUUCUUGGUGCACCACUUGGUCCCAUCAAAGCACCUGUGAGACUCAGUAUAUCCACUGAUCUCUCCUUUUCCAUUAACAUGAAGACAGUGGAGCUUUCUUGUUUAAUAGGACCCUCCGUUAAUGAUUUUGGAUCCUCCUUAAGCUCUCUCUCUGCACAUAUGCAAAACUGAUGGUCUCUUGAAGUAAUUGGACAGCGUUUGCAAGAGAAAUUAAACCAAAUGAGAAAUUCCAAUGAAACCAUUCAUCAUAUGUUAAGUCCGUUUUUUGCUGUGCCACAUUGUCACAGCUUGUUUACUGAACUUUUAAUUAGCACAUAGCUUUUAGCCACUUUGAAAGAAGAGGCGUUUUAUCUGGUGAUGGGCACUAAACACAGGGGGGAACAAAUCACAUGCUGAAUGCUACAUUUCAUUACACGCCCUGUUCAUGUAAUGAUUGGUGUGAUUUGAAUGGAGGGACAUAAUUACCAGGAAUUCCCAACAAUGGGCUAUAAAGGUUGCUGUGAGAGUGUGCCAGGAGAAGGAAUGUGACCUCUUGACAUUUGACCCUAUCAGAGAUAAACAGGAUGGUGUGUCACUAAAUAAACGUUUUCUUCUUUUCCUCCUGCUGCAGCAGCAGCUGGUGAUACAAAUGUAGACCAACAACAACUGGUGAAAAAUAUAAAUAUUUUAAAAACUGCUAAAAACUGCAUAUUAUAGAAAAAAAAGCUCCUUUGUUUUAGGAUUAUUUUUCAAAAAAAGCAGGUGAAGUUUCAGAAUGAUUCAGUAUGAGAACCUUUAACAGUCCCAACAAAUUAAAACCUCCUGCGCUGACAUGUUUUCUGAACCUGCUCCCUGACUUGUGGGUUUCCAAUUCAUGUAUCCAGUAUUAAAAGCAAGUCAUGGCUUGCGGGGUGUUAAGAAAACACUGCUGCUGAGUGUUGACAUUCUGGUUAGAGAGCUUGUAUGAACUUAUUCUCAAGUAUGUCCCAACCAAACACUCACGCUGAGGUGCACAUGUGAUCAUUUGGGCAAAGCUGCUCCCUGCCCUCCAAAACUUGGCUUAAUAUGAGAAGGGCCCCCCUGCUAUUUGUGUUUCCAUGGUGACUGUGCACUCUCCUGUGAACUUUGGAGUUGAUCACACACACACACACACACAUACACAGUGCUGAUUGUGUCUGACCUUCCUCUGUGCUGGAAAAACUCUCAACUUUGUGAGGCUUUGUAGCAGGUAGACCACAGAUGAGGAAUUCAGAACUCAAACUGGAGAGGAUUGGUGAACAUAUUACCUUAAAUAGAAACUAAAGAGUUAAAAGAAAUCCCUUUGCAGGGGGGGGGAUUGGGAGGAUUGAAGAUGUUGACUCAUUAUUUUGAUAGAUUUCAGCCUGUCAGAGGAGGAGAUGGAUCAGGUGUUAGUAGACCGUGAAACAUGAAGCGGAUCCUUCACAAAACUGGAUUAGACUUGUUGCAUGUUGCACAUCACACUAAUUAUUAUCCCAGAUUACUCCUUAUACAGCCCAGUGUGGAGGCCAUCAGUACUAAAAGCUUGAGGCAAAAGUUUAAAAGUUUGAAUAUGUAAAUUUGCAUUCAGGUUGUUAAAAAUGAUAAAUCCAGUUGUAACCAUGCAAAGUUUACAAGAAAACAUCAAUCAUCGCGGCAUAUGUAGAUUGUUUUUAAGGAAAUAAUGCUGUUUUUGUAUGUGUUUACAUCUACCAACAGCUGUUAAAACUUACUGAUUUCCUACAAAAUGCUGAUUCGAGGCACCUUCAUACUCCUUAAGUGGAAACUUAAAAACAUUUGGCAUGAAGACAGGGUUCUGCUGCAAUACAGUAUUCUCCCACAAUGCAGUGGACAAAGGAAACAGUAGAGCCUCCUACAGCUGAACCAGAAAAACAGUUGUGGGUGAAGGUUUGAUGCUCCAAAAAUCUUGAUAAAAACCUCCAGUAAAGGAGUAAAGUCAUAGAAACUUUGAUAUUUGGGGGGGCUCAGUGUUCACUUACUUAACACUCAUCACUAUGCUGUGAUGAGUCUAGAUUGGGACACAGUGUUGAAACAUGGAAGAGCACAAGUCCAGCUCCAGGUUUUCUUUCAGCCAUAGUGGUCACCCAUGCUUAUGUGUGUGUGUUUUUGUGUGUGAGUUUAAUGACGGUGGGUUCCCAUGCAUUCUCAUGGUAAUCUGAGGUCUGGAAUGGAGUUUUUGCAGCGAGACGCUCGGUCCUCUGCAGGGCUCAGGAGCUGGACUUCAGAUUGACAAUGGACUAUCAUAGAAUGGGUGCCGUUGUUAAAAGCACAGUGUGUGUGUGUAGGUUUGGGCUGGUGUUUGUGGGUGGGGGAUGCUCUCGGUUUUGAAGUGGUUUGAAGAAAGUUGCGGCAGCAGGUGGGUGAAAUCUCAUCUUGGCUUUUCCUCUUCUUGCUCUCGUUCUUGCAGAUGCAGCAGUGAAAUUAUAGUUUUUUUCUGUUGUGUUUGAAAGCAAAGAUUGUGCGAGGAUAAUUUAGUAUUUUAAUAUCAAACAGAAAAUCACUUUAUAUGACUUUUUAAACCAAUGACACACAAUAUUUAAUCUGAUUGACUUUGUUAAACUCACCACUAAAUGCACAUUUUAACCACCAAAUCUCUCAAAGUACAUUUCAAUACGCAACAAUGAAUGAAUUCAAAUAGAAACAAGAUUUUAUUUUAUUUUAAGAUGACUCAGAAAUUAAUUACAGCAACCUUUAUGUUACAAUGCCAUUAGUCUUUGUGCAACCAUACGCUAUGCAGCCUAACCUAUUCAAUCCUCCCUCUUCUUUGAUUUCCUCAUAAACUUUGUUUACCUGCACAGUGACUAGGUUCAUAGGUGUAAAGCUUUGUGACAUGUCGACUACUCACGUCAUUUUAUUGUACGGUCAGGUUUACUCCCUGUUGUAAAAACUGUCCCAGUGUGCUGUGUAUUUAUAAAUCCAAGCCUGCAGUUGAAUAUGACUCAUGAGGUUUGGCAAUGGUAAUCAAGACGCUGUCACAACAGGAAAUGGUUUACAAAUUGUCUGACUCAAGCAAAAGCAGGAAGAUCAGCUUUCCAGUUAUGUUUCUGGGUUAAAUUUGACUGAAAAUUUGAACAUGAACAUUUACAAAGCAGUGCGAUGUGUUGGUGACUCUUUUUUAAGUUGAAAAAUGAAAAAUUUUUCUUCCAUUUUUGUUGAAAUUAAACGUUAAUUAAACUUAGAGGACAGCUGUACCUGGAAGCUGUGAUACCUACUCAAGUGUUGUAUGCUGUAGUACUCUUUUUUAUUGGACUUCUGUGUGAUCGACCAAUAUCUGAAUCAGACUAGGUUCUUUUUUCACCUCUUGGCCGUGUCACCAGGUCGAUAGACAAGCUCAAAAAAGUUUUGGAAAGAUAAUAGAGAGGGUGUUCAGUAAUGACCUUUUGAACCUCAUUAACACUGUAAGCUUCACCAGACUGUGGCCAUCUCUCUGUGGGUUAAUUUCUCUAAACUCUUAAAUAUGCAGAUCCAGGUCAGUGUUUGUAUGAAACUCAUUUACUGACCCUCUCGCUGCCGGGUAUGUGUACAGACACCCUGAGCCCCCUGCAGAGUGAUGAACUUCGUCUUUGUUCCCAUGAAGGGUUUAUAAAACAAUGAAAAUGUUAAAUUCAUGACACACCAUUUCAAGAGAAUGAAUAUGCAAUUAGAGUGUCUUUAUUCUCCUCUAAAGUCUUGAAUAUUUUUGUCUGGACAACAGAAUAUCGAAUUGAAUUGAAAUAGAUUUAGUUUGAAAAUGUGGGUAUUUUGGAGGAAUAAUCACUCAACUCUGUUUUUUAAUCAUAAGUGAAUUGGUAAUCAACAGUCAGAAAAAAACAGCUGAUUUUUGAGGUAAAAUAAUCUAAUUUGACACAUUUCAAACUUAAUUUUAACUUGUAGAGACACUUUAUUGUCUUGAUUUCCUACUUGUGAAACGUAGACUUGUGUUUUAGCAGCAGGUGGUUGUUUGUUCUGGGUGAUUAGCACCUCUAAUUGUUGGCAUCCACUCACAGGUGUGUGAUUUAGUUGGUAGCUAGUGUUUGUUAAUGGGUGUUACCUCUCACAGCUGACAAAGAGAUACAGGUAGAUCCUGUUUUAUGUGCUGCCUCUAACACUGACACCAAUGUCAGUGAGCAGCUGUGAUUGUUUGUCCAAUAGGAUUAUUUUCAAUUAGAUUUCCUCACUUGGUCAAAAAUACUUUGGAAAUGUUUCUCAUUUGGUAACUGAUGGCAGUUUGAAGUCUGUGUGUGAAUGUAAAAUGACAGUACCCUCUUCACAAUAACUAGCAGAACAAUGAAAAGUGGAAUACUUCAAAAGUGGGUCAUUUUUGCUCAACAGGUUUGUUUCUGUCGCACAUGGGACGUGAAGUGGAGCAUAUAAUGUGUGUGUGUGUGCACUGAGGAUCAAACGUGGGAAUAAGCCGAUUUGAUUCCAAUUAAAGUCCGAGUCUUUUGUUUCACAUCUCCCUUUUGUGUUGUGUAUGACUUCUAAAACCCCAUUAGUGAACUACUUUCUCAUCAGUGAGGGAAACGCUCCAGUGUUGGUGGCGGCUGCUGUAGGGAGAAACAGUGCAAACAGUGAGCAAAGCUCUUUUGAGUCCAACUCCAGCCAAGUCACGUGAAGAGAAAGAGGGGGAGACGAAAGAAAGAGGGGAGAGAGGUCAGGAGGGGAGACAAAGGCGGGUGGCCCAGGGAUCAAACAUGUAAAAGUUUGAAGUGUUUCCUGAAAUAUUAAGAUCUCUGCUGCAAAAUUUUGCAAGAUCUUCCAUUUCAUCUGAGCUCCACAAAGUCAUGAGUCAAGUUUUGCAACGUUUGAAUUUGCUUUUGUACGACUUGAAUACAAACCGUAAUGCUAAGGCUGUUUUGGUUAUGUUUAGUGGAGCAUGCCGGUAUUUGCAGGAGGUAACGUGAGGGUAAGCAGAGUUAAACUUCAUUAGCCUCUGACAGCAUCUGUUCAUGAGCAGAGGUGACGUCACCCUCAUCUGUCGACACAAUGCGGAGCAGGACGUAGACAUAUCAGGUCUUAGCACUGGAUGCAAAACCAAAACAUCCACCCUCAGCAGUGUUUCCCCCUCUUCAUAGAUGUAUUUUUAUUAUUUUACUUUUUAAUGUUAUUGUCCUUUUUAGAGUAAAAUCACAGGGGGACUAUUUUUAUCAUGUUGCUAUUUGGAGAUGCUCCUACGUUACUUGCUUCUUGAGUCAUGGCCAAUUCCCCUCCACAAAGUUUCUAGAAAAACUUUAUUUUACAACUUUUUUUUUCCUGCUUUAACCAGCUGAAAAUGUAUUUAGCUACACGUCAUUAUUGUUGGUUGUUUCUAAACAAUAAAUAACUUGAAACCAGUUGAUUUUUGCGACUGGUAGGUAAUGGUACCCAAUGGUGCACUCACCUAAACUCGAGCGCAUUCAAGGCCGUACUGGAGGCUUAUACUGGUGUCAGUGAUGGAGCAACUCUACUUUUUUACCUGAGCAGUUUAGUCCAAAGGCAGCUGGACUUGUUUGAAGUUCAUGUAGCUGUUUUGUCAUUUAUCCAAUCUAAAUUCUCGAGUUUUACUUAGAAACUUCACCCAAGUGCAAUUGAAAAAACUUGAAAAUCACGAUGAUAAUGAAGAAUAAGUUAAGAUUCAAAUGUUAAAAAGUUUAUAAAUGGAGAAGAAGAGGAUAUCCUUUUACCCGUCACCUUAUUUUCAAAUCCUGUUUCUAAGAUUUAAAUUCAAAGCGUAUCAUCCCUCCCCAGUCCCGUUAUCUCUUGUCCCUCAGCACCCCUCUACCCGCCUCUCCUUUACUGUUGGCUGGUCCCUGAGGGCCUGUCUGUCUGUGGUCGCUGUCACAGACCAUUGUACCGCGCACAAAGACUCUGAGUCCACUCCAGUUUUAGCUCCAUUGAUAAAAAGCAGUGAUGCAUGAUCCAGGCUCUCCCUCCAGUCCCAGGGGCACCCCAAAGAGAUCAGCCCACAGAGGGUGAUAGCAGAGACAUUGAUCAAAAGCUCGUCAGACCAGAGGAAGAGUUGAGGGUGGGCUAGUUGGGUGGGUGGGGAAGAGUAUGUGUGGAAACAUGAAUUGGGACAUGGGUUGGGAGAGUUUUUUUUUUUUCUUUUGUUUUCACUCUAAAUAAACUCAUUCACGUUAAGCCUUGCGUUUACGUAUUACUUGCAGAAAUUGCUGCAUUAAAAAAACUUUGUAUUAAAAAUUCUGUAUGAGAAGAAACAGAAAUGAAGCUUAUCUGUCCUCGUCUCCUUUUUCAGAGAUGACACUCCUCUCCUCUCAGCCCAAACCCCUCGACUCCACCCCAGCCUCGGACUCCAGUCCCAGUGCUGGCACAGGCACUGAGGAUCCCGAGCAGAGGAUGCUGGAAAAGAGGUCAAAAGUCAUUGAAGAGCUGCUGCAGACGGAGAGGGACUACAUCAAAGAUCUGCAGAUGUGUGUGGAGGAGAUCAUUGAGCCACUGCAGAAGAAGCAGGUAAGAGUGUUGGAAACCUCACGCAUCCUCCUGGCCUGGGUUUAGACUUUUUUUUGUGCGGGUAAACAUAUUGUGUUUUAAAUUCACAUAAAUAACCAGUGUACUCUGAAAAUUUGAAGCAUUAGGACCCUUAAGUGAUUGUCUCAGUAUGAUGUUUCCCUCUGGAAACAGCUGACUUCUUCUUCUCUGUAUUUCAAUUGAAGCAGGCGGUUAGUGAUAGACAACUUGCAGCCAAGACUUCCUUUGCGUGCUCUGUAUUGUUUGCAGUCCAAUUAGCAGCUUAAAAAGCGACAGUGUUUUCUGAACAAAACAAAGCUAAAUUUGGCUCUGUAGAUAUGUCUGCAGAAUAAACACUGUCACGUCUUGGUUCAUUGAAUUACCUGGAAAAGCUCCCAAUGCUUUGUUUCUGGUGUGUCUGUUUCACUGUGAAUAGUGAGUUACACAGUCUGGAAACCAUCUUUUUGCUGAAUAACAGCGGCAUGGUGCAGUUUUGUAAAAAGUCAAAAUGUAAGAAUCGUCAGGACUUUUUUUUUCCUGAAGGAGAAGAAAACAACUUUUGAAAUGUUUGUUGAAUAGAGGUUAGAUUUAUCAUGUGAAGGAUCCCAGGGAGUCCAAAAUCCAAAAUCCUGAUAAAAUGAGAAAGUCGCAGAUUGUUACUUAAAGUAGAACAUUGUAUUUUUAAUGAUAAAUUGUCAUUAGAUUGUAGAGUAUUGGUUCUUAGCAGCUGCUUGUUUUUUACUUUUAUACCAAAGACCACUGAUAGGUUUUCGUCAAUGAUCCUGACCUUAAACAUAGAAAAAAACAGAAUACUACUAUGUUGGAAAUCCAGACCCCUAAAUCCAGAUUCUACAUCUUUGAACCACUUCUUAAGCUUUUACCAUUUGACAGUGCUUUUUUAAUUUCUAAUCGUCUGUGUCUGAUUUUUCUAAGGUGAAGAAUGUAGACUUUGAUGGUCUCUUCGGAAAUAUCAGCUCUGUGAUCGACCUGUCACAACGCCUGUUUGAUUCCCUGCAUGACAGCGACUCUAUCGGUAAGGACCGUGAUUUUUAAAAAUUACACUUUUCCAGAGGAGUAAUGGUCUCACCCACAAUCCCUUUCUCUCCUCUCUCUCUGGUCUGCUUUAAACUAUUACCAUAAAUCCUCCCGUCAUCACAUCUUAUCAGCUGAGGAAGACUUUGAUCACUUUUUUGAAAAUAGUGAGCGUUGAAGGAAGUUUGUAGAGGAAUGUAAGAUUUAAGGAAGCUGGAAAAAGUAACCUCAUGCUUUUGGGUCAAAGUAAAACACAUUCAGUGUUUCCUUUCACCAUCUGAAAACGACACUUAAGCUUCUGUCUGUGUAUUUUGCACUCUCAGGAAAAGUAUUCCUGGACUUUAAAGCUGAGCUGGAAGAAGUGUACAAGAUCUACUGCCAAAACCACGAUGAUGCCAUCUCUCUGCUGGAAAGUUAUGAGAAAGACGAAAACAUCCAGCGCCACGUGUUGGAGUGUCUGGAGAGGCUGAGGUGAGUCACCAAGUGGAAGGAAACACGGAUCCCUGAAGAAGCCGAUGUCUUAACACUGACUUGUGUGUUUGACUUGAAAAUAUUUCUUACAUGAGUGAGCAUGUUUGUGUUUUUCCAAGCAUGAAAACAUGAAAAGUGUGACUGGCCACUAAUACGAGUUAUCUGGUUCAAGUCAAACAUUAACUUCAGAGAGCUGUUGUACAUUUACAGUGUGUGGUGUUCAGUAUUCAUUGUUGCUUAAAUGAUUAUAUGAGAUCCUUUUGAAAAUAUUACUAGUUCGACACACUUUGAACUUGUAUUUCAGGUUGUAUUUCAGGAGGGUAUUUACUCUUGAGAGUCCACCUGAUCUCUCGCCACUGUAUCUGUUAUUAAAAGUGGCUUUGGUCAAAAGUACAAGGCUUCCCUCAUCUAGGCCGAAUAAGUUUAUGAUGGACUCUCAUAAACAGACUUUGCACUGUAAUUCAUGGGUGUGCUUUGAUAAAGACGUGCUCCUGCUCUGUGUCAUGUAGCGCUAAGUCAUGUAGAGCACUCAAAGAAUGCACCCUACCUGGUUUCACCUGACCAGUUUCGCCAGCCGCUUGAGUUGACUCUUCUGUGUUUCUGUAAAGUAAAGUUAGCAAUCCAUAUUUGAAGAUAAACACAAGCUGUGUGUGUUCGGAAAAAACAACAACAAAACCAGUUUCAGUGAGAGCUAACAAAAGAAAAACACUUCUGAGCUCAAGAGUGCACUUUUUUUGGUUUUGGUUUUACUGAAUUAAGUCUUUUUCUGCCAAAUUUACACAUCCAAGCCAAGUCAGAAGAAUAAUACUCUUACAAAAGUGUGUGUCUGUGCUCGUUGCGACCUAUUCAGCUUUAAAAAGGUCAUGUUUUUUUUGCCGCCUUCUUGAAUUGGCAAGUUUUACUGCCUGUCUGGGCCUUUGUCUAGCUUUAACAGAGGAUUCUCAAAACAAAACCAUAACAACGUGUAGGUGCAGUUGGGCAAAUUAUGGUCCUAGAAAGUCAGAGUUUAAUUCACAGGAUCUGAUUUAUUUAGUUGACGUUCUGCAGAAUGAAGAGACACAUUUCGGCAUAUUGAGCUCAGAGGUUUAUAAAUCCUGUCUUUGUGAUUUUUCUAUCUCCUCCCAACCUUCCCUCCAACAGAGCCAUAUACAGAGAGUGGUAAGUCUCCUCAAAGAGUGUUCACAUGAUUUCCAGCAUGAGAAUCAUCUUUACUGCAUGUCUCUUGCUCACUAACCCCUCCUGGAAAUUACCUUUGUGUGUGUGUGUCUUUGUGUGUACAUGGGUUUGUUUAUCCAUUGUGAUGGAUAAAAUAAUCAUAGUGUGCGUGGAAAACUCUAAAAAUAUCUGUGCAGCCAUUUCAACUUCCUUCCCUGGGCUGAGAUGGACUCAUUCAUAUUUUUUUGCUGUUUCUGUUUGCAUGUGCUUGUGAAUACUGUGUACUUUUGCUGAAAGAACAACAGUGUGCAUGACCCCUCCUCAUCCCUUUUUUUUCUGUGGGAAAGCAAAGUAACUCAUUUAAUGCCAUCUUCUGGACAAAAGCUGCAACAGCACUUCAACAUUAUAAGAGAUAACUAUAAGCAGGGUUCCUCCUACGCAAGUAUGGAAAUAAAUUUGAUCAAUUUCAAAGUCUUAAAAGUAUGGAAAAUAUUUAAAUAUUUAUGUUUCCAGACGAUUACCACAGUUCAUAAAUACAGUUUUCUAAAAUAGAAAAGUAGGUAUUUCCAAAAAUAAUUCUAAAAAUUAGGGUAUGGAAAAAUAUGGAAAUUUCAACUGUGUAGGAACCCGGUAUAAGCAAUCUUAAAAGAUUUUAUUUAUAAGAUCUUUAUAUAUAAAAUCGUAGUGAAAUUCGUGUUGCAGUCAGAAAAGAAUUGGUUGAGUUUCCUAGUUGCAGAUUCUCUAUCAGCUGAUCUGGAUUUUGAAAAAUUCAUGCCUAAAAAUGUACAUCUAACUCAUCCAGCAUCUUAAAUUUAUUUCUCAUUGUAAGUGAAAUUUUUAAUUUAAAAAUAAAGUCUAAGAUGACUUCAAACACUUUUCAAAUCUACAAAUAAAGAGGCUUCAUAUUUUUUAAAGUUGAGUUUGUUGCAGUUUUUUGAUAAGUCCAUUUGAUUGCAUUAAAAAAAGCAAAUCAAGAUCUGAUUUUGAUUUUGCCCUUCCUGUCCUUUAAAUCUCCUGCAAAAUGUUCUGACCACCAUCAUCAGAAGAAAUGUGUUUUUGAUGAUGCUUACAAAUCAUUGGGUUUUAAAAGCUUGACUUGAUGACAAAGGGACUUGUGAUCAUGUGAAGAAACCUUUCUUUCUACCUGCUUUUGCUGUUUAUAGUGAGGGAUUUGGUUCUGAUUGUAAAUGAUAAUCAAAGUCAUUCUGCUUGGUCUCCAGGGGGAAAACAAACUACAUCAACCUGGGCUCGUUCCUCAUAAAGCCGGUGCAGCGCGUGAUGCGUUACCCGCUACUGCUGAUGGAGCUGCUGGGGGCCACACCGGAGAGCCACCACGACCGUCUGCAGCUGACUCAGGCUCUGCAGGCUGUCAAGGAGAUCAACGUCAACAUCAACGAGUACAAGCGCAGGAAAGAUCUUGGUAAAAAGUGCAGAGAGCCCGGUUGACUAAUGUCUACUAGGUAAUUCUUUUUACCAGUCUGAACUGUUUCCUUUCUGCUGUCUGUAGUGGUGAAGUACAGGAAAGGAGACGAAGACACGUUCAUUGACAAGAUCUCCAAACUCAGCAUGCACUCUAUCAUCAAGAAAUCCAACCGAGUCAGCAGCCACCUCAAACACCUCACAGGAAUCUCCCCUCAGGUACAUCGCCGCCCACCUCAAGCCUCAGCGAGCGUCAAGCACGACUAAAAAGUUGGAAAUGUUUUCUUAUAUCUCUCUGUGUCUGUGUUAUCUUGUCCCAGAUUAAAGAUGAAGCUUUUGAUGAGGCAGAGAAGAAGUUCAGGCUGCAAGAGAGACUCAUUAAGAGUUUUAUCAGGGACAUCUCUUUGUACCUGCAACAUAUAAGGGUAAGAGCACUUUCCCAUGAAUGUGAGAAACUUUCCCUCUCUGUCUUCACUUUAUUUUUCUUUACCUGAAACUAUUAAAAGCUUGCCAAUGUGUCAUAUAUGCACACAACUUUAGAAAAUGAAAGGAAUAGAUUUAAUUCAAGUGCAUGGUUGUAUGACAGUAAAAUCUGCAUGUGCCUAAUGCAUAAUGUUAUAUAUCAUCGCUGUUGGAUGAAAAACACGUAUCUCCGCUUUUAGCGAUCUGGACUUUUUUCAAUACAUGCAUGGUCAAUAAUCUUCCCUAACAAUCCAUAACUUUGGAUAUCUAAAUGACCAAUGGAAAGACAUGUUAUAACAUCAUCUUUUCAACAUCGAAAGUGUCAACAAAACGCGUAUCUCCCGCCCUGGCCCUGUGUUGUCAUGUCAGCAAACAGACCUUACACUGUGACAGACUCAUUACAGUCCAGGGUAAUGUUACACUAAUGUCCUUACAUCGACUGAUGCCAACCUCAAACUUUUUUCUAAUCAUUACAGUGUUGCUUACCUGUACGUUAGAUUUCUUGAGCUGAAGUUCAUCCUCUGCUGUUUUCUCUCCCACACUCGGUUGUGGACACGAGUACAUGUUAAAUUGGGAGUUGCAACUCAACAAGGUUAACAACCAAUGUGCUAUGUGGAAAUGUAGGACAGCCCGCUGUCAUCAUAAUGGGACAUAAACAGGAUACUCAAAGCUUGUAAAUAACUGAACAUCAUCGGAGCACAUUAUUUAAAAAACACACAUGUCCACUAUCACUCACAACACAAAGCACGUAAGUCUGUUUAAAAUAUCAAACAGGUCACUGAUGACUGUGUAAAUAAAGAUUUUGAUUGCAGGUCCUCAUUGUGUCUAAUAACACUAUUUUUUGUUUAUUCUAUAUGGUAGUUUAUGAAUACAUUUUUUUUUAUGUUCCUGAAAAAAACCAAUUUUGGAGAGAUGUGUUUUUUUAUUGGAAAGCGAUGAUAUGAAUUUGCAAAUAAAGACAGGAAACUGUAUUUGGAUAGUGUAAGCUGUAAUUCUCAUAAAUUAAAGCAAUAUUUUAAAGAUACAGCCAUAUUUUAAAAUUACAUGAUGAUGUAUUCAAGCAUGUUUUGCUUAUGGACCCUUUUAAAUAAUUCCCUUUCCUUUUUUUUGUUCUUAUAAUAUCUUUUUUUUUUUUAGGAAUCCGCUUCAGUGAAGGUGUUGGCAGCCAUCAGCUUCUGUGACAUCUACAAUGAACGCAGUGUCCUGGACCCUGAACGCUUUCAGAGAGCUCACCGCUGCAUCAGUGACAAACAGUUCGCAGAGUUUGUAAGUCAAUUUCUCUGUUUAGCCGUCUUAAGUUGUUCGGGAAAAAAAGGUAAAUUGGAAACAACCUCUAACCACUCAAUGUUGUCUGUCAACCUCAAACUUGAGCAGAAGGAGCGCACAGAGGCCUUAGUCAUCAACCCGCUGACUCAGCUGCUCCUCAUGUUCGCCGGGCCGCACAAACUCAUCCAGAAGCGAUUCGACAAGCUGCUGGAUUACGACAACUGCAAGGAGCGCGCAGACCGCUUGAAGGACCGGCGCAUCCAGGAUGAGCUGCAGCAGACGCGCAACAACUACGAGGCGCUGAACGCGCAACUCCUGGAUGAGCUCCCCAAAUUUUACAUCGCUGCAGAGGAGCUGUUCACCGGCUGUGUGCGGGCUUUCGCUCAAGCUCAGAAGGACUUCAUGAAGACAACGCUCGGAGAGCUGAAGCCCCUCCUUCAGGUUGGAUGGAAGAUUAUGUCAUGGACAUUUCUACAAUGUGGAAGAAAUGGAAUUCAAUCUCAACCGAUUACUAACUGACUAUUUUCUUGAACUCUCUACAGUUUUCUAGCAGAGUCAGCACAGAGGGUAACCUCAUUGCAAAGUUUCAGGAAGAGUACGGGCGGGUUCUCCAACUUCUGCAAGGUUUUAGCUUCUGUCCUGAGAACCUGCCUCCCACCACCUCCUCAAAGAAGCCCUUCGAGAAGAAAACUCUGGAGAAGCAGAGCUCCAAAAAGCAACUGCAAGGACCUGUGAGUUAAAGACCUGAAUUAUUUUGUCCAAAUUUUAAUAAAGAAGAAAAUGUGUAUGUGUUUAACAAAAUGUGAUGUUUUUUCUUUUAGCCCAACUGCAUCCUACAAACAGACGAACACCGAGCAAGACUUAUGGUACGCUACGGGCCAGAGAAACUUUUCCAGGCAGAGAGGAACUUCAACGCAGCGCAGGAUCUUGAUGUCUCCAUACUAGAGGGAGAUCUUGUAGGUGUGAUCAAGCAGCAGGACCCUAUGGGCAGCAACAACCGCUGGCUUAUUGACAAUGGAGGUGGGUCAUUUUUAUUUGAACUUAAAACUCUGAUUUAAACUGUCUGAGAGAAGGUGAUUCAGCAAAAGAAAUAAACAAAUUUGUCUUUUACUUGUUUUGUGUUGCAGUCACUAAGGGUUUCGUGUACAGCUCCUUCCUCAAACCCUACAACCCACGCAGGAGCCAAUCAGACGUUUCCAUCGAGAGCCAGUCUUCCAAUGAGUCUGGUUAUGGAGGCUCCUCCCCUGUUUUCUCGCGCCAAAACAGCAACAGCACGCUGACCUUUAAUCAGGACAUUGCCACAGUCAGCUAUUCCACAUCUCAGCCUCAAAGUCAGUCAUCCCCACACCCUUCACUGGACUCUUCCUCGUCUCGUAGGAGUCACCUAAGAGAUGUACCCAACCCCGACUCGGUCAGUCAGAGCAAUUCCAUUAACUCCUCACCUCGAAACCCCUCAAAGCACAGGGAAUUCUCCGACCAAACCCACCGAAGUUCCUCAAGUCACAGAGAAACAGAGACUUCUUAUCGGAAUUCAGGCAAUCACAAAGAUGCAUAUGAUACAAGUUAUACGAGUACGAGCAGCCACAAGGAGACGUCAGACCUCUCAGAGAGCGAGUCGUAUUCCUCUCACAGGAACAGCCGCUCACAGCGCUAUGGACACUCAGACAAAGCACACACUUCACACCAGUGGAGAAAUGGAGAAAACAGCAGCCAGAGGAGAUCUGCUUACCCACAAGAUGAGUACAUCGAGCCAGAACCAGAACAAGAACUUGAUGGUCAUCAGGUAAGAUUUGUGAGACUACAAUAAUAGUUUUUGGUGAACUUACUCCAACACAUCAAAAAAAAUGCAAAAAUUACAUUUCUAAAUUUAUCUAAAGAGUUUUUAUUGUUUGACAGUUUUAAUAAUAAAAACUUUAAAAAUGGAGGAUCGUACAAGUAUAGGCUUUUUGUCUUCAAAGGCCACCAUCAUUUCACCACUAGGAUGGUUGAGCAGAGAAGCGUUUUGAUUCAGAAUCACUAAAUAUUCACACUGCACCUGUUCACUGUUUAUGGUUUUAAUGAACUUAAGUGAUUCAUGCUAUUUUUAAAAGUCAAGUAAAAACAUAAAGUUUUUCAUUUAUUUCUGUGUUUUCAGAUUUACUACGCUCUCUACUCCUUCGAUGCCCGUUGUGCCAACGAGCUGAGCAUCUCUGCCAACCAGCAGCUCCGGAUCCUAGAGUUCCAGGACAUGAAUGGAAACAGUGAGUGGUGGCUGGGAGAGGCAGGUGGCCGGCGAGGAUAUGUGCCUUCAAACUACAUCCGCAAAUCCGAAUACACAUGAAGAAAACGGUUGAGGGGACUUCACCCGAGACUGUUCUUCCAACUUAAGGAGACUCACUCACUCAACGAGCAACCUGAACAAAGAGAGGAACCAGCAAGCUGGACACGCUGUGACUUUUUUUGAACAUUUGUCAUGGAGUUUGAGAUUGAAAAAGACUGACUAUUGCUGCUGACACUGCUCUUCUUAAAGUUAGCAUUAUAUGCCCAUAUUUAUAGACUUUUUAUACUGUUUUUACUGACUGGAAAUGAAAGCCUAUCUCUUCUUGUUUCCAGAGAGAAUCCUGUGAAUUGCACCAGAUUUCUGCCACAUUUUCUGGGGCUGAAGACAAUGAAUUGUAUGUUUAAAAAAAAAAAAACAGUUAUUGGGAGAUUGCAAUGGAAAUGUGAAUGUUUUGGGUUCAGGCUACUUCUUAAAAACAAAAACCUGGGUAUGCAGACAGACUGACCCAGACGCUGUUUUUUCGUGCAUGUGGUUUAUUGCACCACUAGAAUGAGGCAUGUAGAAAGCAGCAUCCUCUUCAACAAUCACAGUUUGAGGCACUUAUAAUAAUAAUAAUCCACUGGUUUCGAGUUUUGAAGUGUCCGUGGAGCCAUCACCCAGAAUUUGGAGUGUUGUAUGAAGCUAAUAUGGGUUAUUUGAUUGAAGAUUAAGGGCAAAGUUGAAUGGCAUGUGAUGUAUGGUUUACAAGCACUCCCCUUUGAAACCAGGUGAACACAGUAAAUACAGAAUGACCUAUUGAAUCUGUCAGGAGGUGAGUGAACUUUGAGAGGGAGCACUCGUGGUCUGAACUUCACUCUGAUUCUUCCACAUAUCCCCUGUGUAAAUUAUAUAUAGUGUUUAUAUUGAGAAUAUGCUAUUGCUCCCACUGUAAAUUGAUCACUGUUUGAAUAAAAAAACAGCUCAGCUGAAAAAUCA